CCUUGCCUCGGGUGUAGGGAUUGCAAGGGAAAAGCAAAACUACACGGUCUUUACUCCUGUGUAGUUUUGUUUUUUUGGGGGGUCGUUUUGAGGUUCAACUGUUCUCACCUUGGAUAUUCAGGAAACAUACUGGAUAAAAGGAUUGUUGCUGAGGCAGUGGCCUUCUGGGCACAGUCCCAUCAAUUAUAGGCACCAGUAUAAUCCAAGGUGCCUACCAUGACGACACAGGCGCCAACGUUUACACAGCCGCUUCAGAGCGUUGUGGCACUUGAGGGUAGUGCUGCAACGUUCGAAGUUCAAGUUAGUGGUACCCCAGUUCCUGAGGUGAGCUGGUUUCGUGAUGGCCAGGUUCUUUCUGCUGCCGCUCUGCCCGGCGUUCAGAUCUCGUUCAGCGAAGGCCGCGCUGUUCUGAGGAUCCCCGCCGUGACAGCCGCACACAGUGGAAGAUUUUCAGUGAGAGCCACCAAUGGAGCUGGACAAGCCACUAGCACUGCUGAACUUUUGGUUACAGCGGAAACUGCGCUGCCGACUUUUAUUCAGAGACUACAAAGCAUGACUGUGAGACAAGGAAGCAAAUUGAGACUGGAUGUCCGUGUGACAGGAAUCCCUACACCUGUGGUGAAGUUUUACAGAGAAGGAGCUGAGAUUCAAAGCUCCGCUGACUUUCAGAUUGUUCAAGACGGAGACCUCUACAGUUUGUUGAUUGCAGAGGCUUUUCCUGAAGACUCUGGUACAUACUCAGUAAUCGCAUCCAACAGCAGUGGACGUGCCACUUCAACUGCAGAACUACUGGUUCAAGGUGAAGAAGUUGCAGUGCCUGCUAAGAAGACCAAGACAGUUGUUUCGAACGCUCAGAUUUCACAAACCAAGCUGGAAAAGAAAGUGGAGACUCACUUUGAGUCGUCAGCCAUGAUAGAAAUGCAAAUGGAGGGAGGUGUUGAGAUUCAGCAUUUGGCUCACAAGACACCCCCUCGUGUGCCUGGAAAACCAACCUCGAUGUCCCCGACACCACCUUCGGCAGCUUCAAAGGUUGCAGCUGCUCGUCACCAGUCACCUUCCCCCGUAAGACACGUGAAGGCUCCAACUCCCACCCCUGUGAGGGCUGGUUCCCCAACUUCACGAGUUUCUGUGUCCCCUAUCAGACCUGUCAAAUCUCCGUUAACCACACGCAAGUAUGUCACAGAGGCUACGGAUGUUCUGCCUCCAUGGAAGCAAGAAGGAUAUGUAGCAGAAUCCAGCUACACUACCAUGACUACAGGACCCGCAUAUGUCCAGACCUCUUCCACACACAUCCAGAAGGAACAGUGGGAGGGCUCUUUUGCCAUGCAGCAACAGAUCAGUGGAGCUAUUAUCAAAGAGAUGAAAUCAGAUGUUGAGGACACUGCAAUGCUGAUGAUUCCAGAAGAAGAACAUUUUCAUGAAAAUGAUGACAGUUUUCUCGACGGUGCUCUAGCAGAGCAAACAGCACCAGACACCAGCCCAAACUUUGAAACUUGCGCUUGUAUUGAGGAGGCCGUGGAGGAUGCAAUGAUCCCUUCACAUACACGAAUGCAGGUGAUGCCACCGACAGUUGUGGCUGGCUUGAAGAACCAGACUGUUACUGAAGGAGAGUCUGUGACUCUGGAGUGCCAAAUCACAGGCUACCCGUCACCAGGCAUUAUAUGGUUUAGAGAGGACUACAGGAUUGAAAGCUCUAUCGACUUCCAGAUCACAUAUGAGCAAGGAUAUGCUCGUUUAAUGAUCCGUGAGGCCUUUGCUGAGGACAGUGGACGUUUUACUUGCACUGCAACAAACGAGGCUGGAACAAUCAGCACCUCCUGCUACCUGCUUGUGCAAGUCUCAGAAGAAAUUGAGAGUCGGGAGGAUUUGACUGCUAUUUCUGAACAUGUCGAAGUAUCUAUGCAAGAAAAACAAAUUGCAGCUGAUGUCAGAACUCAAGAAACCAGAACUGAAGUCAGUGCUGUAUUUGAGUCAGUAGACACUGGAGCAGGUGUGGCUCCAUUCUUUGUGAAGAAGCCCACAGUGCAGAAACUGGUAGAAGGUGAUAGUGUUGUCUUUGAAUGCCAGAUUGGAGGAAGUCCCAAACCUCACAUUUACUGGAAAAAGAAUGGAAUACCACUGACUACUGGAUACAGAUAUAAAGUCGCUUACAAUAAAGAAACAGGCCAAUGCAAAUUGGAGAUUUCUAUGACAUUUUCUGAUGAUGCUGGAGAAUACAUAGUGUUUGCCAGGAACAAGCUUGGAGAGGAAUCUGCAUCAGCUUUGCUGCUUAAUGAAGAGGCCUAUGAAGCUUACAUAAAAGAACAUGAAGUAACAUAUAUGACUGAAGUGACUACAGGAGUGACACUGGAGCCCAAAGCCGGUGAUGUUCCACCUGUAUUUACAAAUGAACUUGAAAAAGAGCAACUUAUCAUCCAAAGGAAGAUGGCUAAGAAAACACAAAUGAUGCAGACCUUCACAUCUGAGGAGGAGUUCCAAAUAUCUUCUGUUGAGCAGAGGUUCAUGUAUGAGAUUGAAUGUCAUCUUCUUAAGAUCACAUACCAGAAAUUGUUGGCUGAAGAUGGGGAGCAAAUGGACAUAACCAUUUCCGAGCAUGAGUGUGUAUCCCCAGUUUUUACAACUCCCGUGAAAAAUUACAAGCUCAGGGAAGGAAUGAGUGCUACACUGCACUUUAGAAUGACCGGAACUCCACUUCCUAAGAUUGCCUGGUUUAAAGAUGGCAAACGCAUAAGACAUGGAGACCAUUAUCAAAUGGAGGUUCUUAGUGAUGGUCGAGCCAGUCUACGUCUUCCUGUGGUGCUGCCAGAGGAUGAGGGAAUCUACACUGCUCUGAUUAGCAACAUUAAGGGUAAUGCUGUCAGCUCUGGAAAGCUGCAUGUGGAAUUAUCUGAGACAGUACCACGAUACCGUCAACCAGAAACAGCUCAUAGGAUCAGAUCCACAUCACCACGCUCUACUAGUCGUUCUCCUGGACGUUCACCUGCUCGCAGACUGGAUGAGACUGAUGAAGCCUAUCUUGAAAGGCUUUAUAAACCUGUAUUUGUCACAAAGCCAUCUUCCUUUAAGUGCUCUGAGGGACAAACCGCAAGAUUUGAUCUAAAAGUUGUAGGAAGGCCCAUGCCUGAAACUUACUGGUUCCAUAAUGGACAUCAAAUCGUAAAUGACUACACCCACAAGAUUGUGGUGAAGGAAGACGGAACUCAGUCGUUGAUUGUGGUUCCCGCUAUGCCUCAUGAUUCUGGAGAAUGGACAGUCGUUGCUCAGAACAGAGCUGGAAAAACCUCUGUUUCUAUGACUCUCACUGUUGAAGCUAAAGAAAACUUGGUGAGGCCCCAGUUUGUUGAGAAGCUAAAGAACAUCAGUGUUAAAGAAGGCAGCUUGGUUGAAUUGGCUGUUAGGGCAAUUGGCUCUCCCCUUCCUGACAUUGUUUGGCUGAAGAACAGUGAUAUUAUCACCCCACAAAAGUAUCCACACAUCAGAAUUGGUGGUGGCAAGGGGGAGGCUUCCUUCAAGAUCAACCAGAGUACUGGUUCAGAUAGUGCAUGGUAUACUGCUACAGCUAUUAACAAAGCAGGCCGGGAUACAACUCGCUGCAAAGUCAAUGUUGAAGUGGAGGCAGUAGGACCUCAACCAGAGAGAAGACUUAUUAUUCCUAAGGGAACUUAUAAAGCCAAGGAAAUUUCUGCUCCAGAAUUGGAGCCACUGCAUCUCCGUUAUGGACAGGAACAGUGGGAGGAGGGUGACCUUUAUGACAAGGAGAAGCAGCAGAAGCCUCAGUUCAAAAAGAAACUGACAUCGGUCAGACUUAAGCAGUUUGGUCCUGCGCAUUUUGAAUGCAGACUCACCCCUAUUGGUGAUCCCACGAUUGUUGUUGAGUGGCUGCAUGAUGGCAAGCCCCUGGAAGCUGCUAACAGACUGCGCAUGAUCAAUGAAUUUGGUUAUUGCAGUCUUGACUAUGAAGCCGCUUAUGCGAGAGACAGUGGUGUCAUCACAUGCAGAGCUACCAACAAAUUUGGUGUUGACCAAACCUCAGCCACUCUGAUUGUAAAAGAUGAGAAGAGCCUUGUGGAGGAAAGUCAGUUGCCUGAGGGUCGGAGGGGGCCGAGAAUAGAUGAAAUUGAGCGCUUUGCUCAUGAGGGCGCUCCUGCUGGAGUUACUGGAGAUGAAACAACAGAAAAAACUAAGCCUGAGAUUGUCCUGCUUCCAGAGCCCAUUAGAGUCCUGGAAGGAGAAACUGCAAAAUUCCGUUGCAGAGUAACUGGAUACCCAAACCCAAAAGUUAACUGGUACCUAAAUGGACAGCUUAUUCGCAAGAGCAAAAGAUUUAGACUCCUAUAUGAUGGCAUUCACUACCUUGAAAUUGUGGAUUGCAAAUCUUAUGAUUCUGGAGAUGUCAAAGUUGUGGCAGAGAACCCUGAAGGUGUAGUGGAGCAUGUGGUGAAGUUUGAGAUUCAACAGAGGGAGGACUUCCGUACAGUUCUGCGCCGGGCUCCAGAAAUCAAGCCUGCUGCCACUGUUCAAGAGCAUGGCAGGGUCCCCUUUGAGGUUGUUAAACCUGAAAAAUCCUCAGAAACCUCCAAAGAGUUAAAAGAGGUGGUGAAGCUGAAGAAAACGGAGAGGGUAAUCCAUGAGAAGUUAACAGAGGAAUCUGAAGAGCUAAGAAGCAAAUUUAAACGCAGGACCCAGGAAGGCUAUUAUGAAGCGAUUACUGCAGUUGAACUAAAAUCCCGUAAGAGGGACGAAUCCUAUGAAGGUAUGCUCAGGAAGAGAAAAGAUGAACUCCUUCAUCAUACCAAAGAAUUAACUGAGGCUGAAAAGAUGAAAGAAGAAGAGGAACAAAAACUGACCAUUCCCAAAUUCAAACCGGACAAAAUAGUACUUUCACCCAGCAUGGAGGCUCCAAAGAUUCUGGAACGUAUUCAGAGUCAGACGGUUGCCCAAGGUGAUGAAGUGCGUUUCCGUUGCAGAGUUGUUGGUAGACCAGAUCCAGAAUGUCAGUGGUUCAAAAAUGGAAUCUUGCUGGAAAAAUCUGACCGGAUUUAUUGGUACUGGCCUGAAGACCAUGUCUGUGAACUUGUCAUUAGAGAUGUGUCUACUGAAGAUUCUGCUAGUAUCAUGGUCAAAACCAUGAACAUUGCAGGAGAGACCUCAAGCCAUGCAUUCUUACUUAUUCAAGGAAAACAAGUUAUAACAUUUACUCAAAUGCUAGAAGAUCAAAGUAGCAAAGAAAAAGACACCAUGGUGACCUUUGAAUGUGAGACCAAUGAGCCUUUUGUCAAGGUCAGAUGGCUAAAGAACAAUGAAGAGAUUUUCUCUGGAGACAAGUACAGGAUGCACUCUGACAGAAAAGUACAUUUCAUGUCUGUGCUGAUCAUUAACAUGAGCGAUGAAGCAGAAUACAGCUGUGUAGUCAUUGAUGAUGACCAGAUAAGGACAACUGCAAGACUUUAUGUUGAAGGUGAACCACUUGAAAUUCUGAAGAACCUCGAGAAUACAGAAGUGCCUGAGUCAUUUGCAGGAGAGUUUGAGUGUGAAGUGUCCCGUGAAGAUGCUGAAGGCUUUUGGUUUUUUGGGAACAAAAUGAUAUCUCCGAGUCUUAAAUAUGUUAUGUCCUCCCGCCGUGGUCGUCACUGCCUAUCGGUUAAAGAUGUGAAAAGAGAGGACCAAGGCAAAUAUACUUUCAAAGUGGGUGACCUGGAAACAAGUGCUUCCCUAAAAAUGAAAUUGCGUCCAGUUACACUGCUGCAAGGUUUGUCUGACUUAACGAUAUGUGAGGGGGAUAUCGCCCAACUUGAGGUACGAUUCUCUCAGGAAAACGUGGAAGGAACUUGGAUGAAGAAUGGUCAGGCCAUUUCUGCAACAGACAGAAUUCAUAUUGUAAUUGACAAACUGAACUAUAAGCUUCUAAUUGAAGAUGCUAAUAAAGACGAUACUGGAACGUACUCCUUUGUUGUCCCCAACCAAGACAUUUCCACAAGUGGAAAGCUCGUGGUUCAAGUUAUCGACUUUUUGACUCAGUUAAAGGACAUUUCUUCAGUAGAGGGUACAAAGUCUGUUUUUGAGGCCAAGAUAACUGCAGCUGAUGUUAGCUCAGUGAAAUGGUAUCAUAAUAACAAACUGGUGCUACCCAACGACAGAGUCCAAUUGGUCGCAAAAGGUUCUAAACAGCGACUAGUGUUGAACAGGACCUUUGCUUCUGAUGAAGGACGAUAUAAGAUGGUCGUUGGCCGUGUUGAUUCGACGUGCAAUCUGACAGUUCAAAAAAUCAGCAUUGUAAAGCACAUGGAAGACUGCAUUUGUACAGAGACUCAGACUGUCACAUUUAAGGUUGAAGUAUCUCAUCCCGGAAUCGAUGCUCUCUGGACAUUUAAGAAUCAACCUCUAAAGGCUGGUCCUAAGUAUAAAAUUGAGGGCAAAGGUACCCACUGUAGCCUCACUGUCCUUAAUGCCAUGAAAGAUGAGGAGGGAGAGUACGUCUUUGCUGCUGGAGAGAAGACAUCUAGUGCAAAGCUUAUCGUUUCAGGUGGUGCCAUAAGCAGACCACUUUGUGAUUUGACAGUAGCAGAGUCUCAGACUGCUGUGCUUGAGUGUGAAGUUGCAAGCGCAUCUGCUGAGGGAAAGUGGCUUAAAAAUGGACAACCCGUUGAGUUCAGUGACAAUAUCAGGAGUGAAGAGAACGAGACUGUAAGAAGCCUCGUCAUCGAAAUCAGCAGACCACAAGAUAUUGGAGAGUACACAUACCAGGUUGCAAACUCUAAGACAUCUGCUAACCUAAAGGUUGAAGCCGUUAAGAUCAAAAAGACCAUGAAGAACCAAACUGUCAUUGAGACGAAGGACGCGGUGUUCUGUAUUGAACUCACCCAUUUGGAUGUGAAAGGAUCGCAGUGGAUCAAGAAUGGAGUCGAAAUCCUUCCGAGUGACAAGUAUGAAAUCACGGUCGACGGCACAGUUCACACCCUGAGGAUUAAAGAUUGCAACACCCAUGAUGAAUCUGUUUAUGGAUUCAAACUCGGAAAGCUCUCCGCUAAUUCAAGACUUAAUGUUGAAACAAUCAAAGUUGUAAAGAAGCCUAAGGAUGUAACAUCACUGCUGGGUGGCACUGCUUCCUUUGAGUUGAGCCUUUCACAUGAUGACAUUCCAGUUAAGUGGAUGUUCAAUAACCAAGAACUCACACUAAGCUCUAAUAUUAAAAUAGUCUCUGAAAGAAAAGCCCACAAGCUGGUGAUUCAGGGUGUGGAAGAGAGCAUGGCAGGAGAAUACACUGCUGUCAUUGGACAUUUGCACUGCAGUGCAUACCUACAUUUUGAAUCUUUGAGGGUCACAAAGCCAAUGAAGAAUAUUGAGAUUCCAGAGACUCAAGUGGCCACAUUUGAAUGUGAAGUUUCACAUUUUAACGUCCCAUCCACCUGGCUGAAAAAUGAAGUUGAGAUCGAAACAAGCGAGAAGUAUGGAAGCAUUGUGCAGGGCAAACUGCAUCAACUAAAGAUCAUGAACACUGGCAAAGAUGAUGCUGCCGAAUACACAUUCGUCUGUGGAGACGAAGGCGUCUCGGCCACCCUUACCGUUAGCCCCAUUCAGAUCACCUCCAUGCUCCAAGACAUCAAUGCUUCAGAAAAGGACACGGUUACAUUUGAAGUGACUGUAAAUUACGAGGGUAUCACCCACAAAUGGCUGAAGAAUGGUGUAGAGAUCAGAUCUACUGAAAGAUGCCAGAUUCGUUCCAAGCAGCUCACUCACACUCUGACUCUCCGUAAUGUGCAUUUUGGGGAUAGUGCCGAGUACAAGUUUGUGGCAGGAUCUGCUGAAACAUCAGCAAAGCUGUUUGUUGAGGCUCGUGUCAUUGAGUUUACAAAACACAUAAAAGAUAUCAAGGUGACUGAGAAGAAAAAGGCCAUUUUUGAAUGCGAGCUCUCGGAACCCAGUGUUCAGGUCACAUGGCUAAAAGAUGGGCAGGAACUUGAAUUAUCUGACAGGUUCAAAGUUACCACAGAAAAGUACAUUCAGCGUUUGAUGAUCCAGAGCAUUCGCAUGUCUGAUGCCGGUGAAUACUCUGUGGUUGCUGGCUCUAGCAUGUCCACCGCUCACCUCACAGUAGAGGGCAAGGAUGUUCACAUUUCUGAACCAGUUGAGAAAGAAAUAAAGGUGGUUGAGAAGCAAAGAACCACUUUUGAGUUUGAAGUAAGUGAGGAUGAAAUCGAAGGUCGCUGGCUGAGAAAUGGGAUUGAGAUCCAGUUCUCUCAGGAGAAGCGAUUCAACUAUGUGACCAUCCGGAAGGUGCAUCGCAUGACAAUUUCCGAAACGUACCAGAGUGAUUCUGGGGAAUACACUUUUAUUGCUGGGAAGAACAGGAGCACAGUAAAUCUGCAAGUCAACAUUCCCGAGCCUCCUCAGAUCAUCAGGCAUAUGGAGCCUUUGUCUGUCGAGGCUGGAAAACCUGCACGCUUCUCAGUGGAAGUGACCGGCAUCCCUCAGCCCCAGGUCUCCUGGUAUAAGAACUCUCAGGCAUUAUCCCCUGGAUUCAAGUGUAAGUUCCAGAGAGAAGGAAACGAACACACUCUUCUACUCAUUGAAGUUUUCCCAGAGGACGCAGCUCAGUACACUUGUGAAGCCAGAAAUGACGUUGGUCAGGCCACCAGCUCAGCUGUACUCAAUGUGGAAGUUUCGGAAGUGGUUUCUCCAGAUGUCGGAGUUCCCCUGUCUCCACCUGUAGUAACAUCUUCUAUAAAUGAUGUAUCUGUUGAAGAGGGAGAGUCUGCCAGAUUCCAGUGCCUUGUUUCUGGAGAGGAUCUGAAUGUUACUUGGUACUGUAACGAUAAGGAGAUUAAGCCAUCAGACAACAUCAGAAUGUCCCAGUAUGAUGACUGCUGCCAGCUGGAGAUUGUCAGAGCCUAUGCUGAGAACAAUGGGUCAUAUACCUGUGUUGCUCGCAAUUCCUCAGGGAUGGUCACUUGUUCAGCAGUUCUGAAAGUCAAUGAUCACAGUGUGCAAACCAUAAGUAGGCAAAGUGUGUCAAGCAGUGAAGUAUCUCUUGUGGAGGGGAUCACAACUUCUCACACCUUGACUGAGACUCGUUCUUCUUCCACCGUCCAAACCUUUGAAAUGAUGUCCUCCGUGGAAUCAUUCACAACCUCCAUGAAAAGCGUCCAAGUCCAGGAACACAUGUCAUCAGUGGAAGAAUAUUUCAGCACGCCCGCUUUGAGCUUGAAAAUGAAUGAUCUCGUAGUCGGCCUGGGCGACAUGGCCCAAUUCAACUGCUCUUUCUCUGGGGAGCCUCUUAGUGAAGUUGUGUGGGACCAUGAUGGAAGGAAGCUUACAAGUACAGACAGAGUACAGUGUAUGGAUCAUGGAGGAAUCUUGUCUCUUACCAUUCUCAAUGUGCAACUCACCGACGAGGGAAGUUACAGCUGUACUGUUAAAAAUGAAAAUGGCGAGAAUCAAACAUCUGCACGCCUCACAGUAGAAGCUAAAGAAGCAAACCCCAAAGCUGAAACCCCCAUCCCUUCUGACUCUCUCAGUAAAUCUUCUAAAAGUGAAAAUGAAUCGACUCCAAAGACAGCUGACAAAGAAAACCAGGAGUCCAUCCAGAAUACUGGACCACUAAAUACCUUCUCCUUGAAAGCGAGCCAAAAUUACUUUCCUGAUGUGGUACCUUUGGUGGAUCAUGUCCUAUAUAAAUCGGUUCAGCCAGAGAUUCUUAUGAAGCUACCCCCAGAAAUCACUGCAAAGCAGCAAGACAGUGUCUCUCUUUAUUGUUUAAUCAAAGGAAAUUCUUCUCCAUAUAUGAUUUGGCUACACAACCAGUUGAUGGUUGAAGAGCCACGGUCAUUUUCGCUGAAGCACGAUGGACCCUUGUGCUGCUUAAAUGUAAUGAAUGUUGAACCCCUGCAAGGAGGCACUUAUACAUGCAAAAUUGUCAAUGCUGCAGGAGACAGUGAGUGCAGCACCCAACUCAGGGUGAAGACAGCGCCAGGGGUGGAGGAACCAGUAUAUGUGGAAGAAGUAAAAGAAUUUUCUAGCAUGGCACUGUGUACGGAAGAGGACUCUUUCACCACAAACAAAACGUUUGAACUUGCACCAGAAUCUAAAUUCUAUUCAGAAACGCUCGAGAAAAAAAUUGAAAAGCCAGUUUUUGUAACCAAACUCUCCCCAGCAAUUGUAACCAUGGGUAACACAGCGAAAUUUACUGCAAUAGUAGCUGGAUUUCCCAAACCCGUUGUUCAGUGGUACUACAAUAACCAGGUAAUAACCACCUCGUCUGUGUAUACGUUUGUGCAAGAGAACGACGAAUACACUCUGGUUAUAAGCAAUGUUAGAAAGGAAUUAGAGGGAGAGUAUACUUGUUCUGCAAGCAACCGGUUUGGCCAAACAACAUGUGCAUCUUAUCUCCAUGUUAAAUUAAAAGAUACAAAGCAAGUAGAGCAGACGGUCGGUCACCCCCCAUAUUUUACGAAAGAAAUUGAGUCUGUGCAAUGCACAGUUGGAGGACAAGCUGUAUUUGAAUACAAAGUUACAGGUUCUCCAUUUCCUGAAAUUCAGUGGUUCCGAGGCAACCAUCGUAUUCAACCUAGUAAAUACUGUAUUAUCGUUAGUAAUGUAGAUGGUUCAGGCUUUAUAAAGAUAAUGGAGAUUCAGCAAAGUGAUGGUGGUCUGUACUCAUGUAAGGCAUCCAACCCACUGGGAGAAGCAUUUUGCAAUGCUGAAAUAAUUGUCUUCCUUGAUACAGUUUCAACAUUGAAAAAACAUGAGCAAGUUGGUUCAAUGAAGCAAAAAUCAUACAAGGUAUCCAUGUCUGAACAUGCCACUGAAUCCCGUUUAUAUAGUGUAAAUCUUUCCGGACAUGCCAGAGCUAGUCUGCAGGAGGGACAACGGAUGAUCUAUACCAUUGGCACUGAAGACAGACAAGUAGUAUCAAGUGAACAAGUAGAUAAUCUUUGUCAGUUAGAUAUUUCCUCUGCAACUGUGCACAGAGAGCAGGUAACUCACCAAGCUGCAGUUCUGCAGUCCCAUGAAAUGCAAGAGAGAGUAUCUGUUGCUUUAACAGAGCCACAACAUGCUGUGGCUGCACCCCAGAAACAGCUACACAUGGCUGCAAUGACCUCUGCUGUUCAAGAAAGCCAAGGCUUCACAGAACAGCACUCAGACCGUAUCAAAAGUCCCGAGGUUAUAGAGCUUGAGUCCACUAAGGAACAGCAUUCACAGGCAAUGUCUGCCAUUUCUCAGAGUGUAACCCCGCUUACAAUUGUGAAGACUGACCCUAUUAUAUGCAGAGAAGGAGAAAGCUUACAUUCUACCCCAGAACCAAAACAUACUGUCAGUAGUCAUCAGGUUGAAACCAAGUUGGCCAUCUUAGAUGAAGAACACAAAAACAUUCCUUCUCUAGAAGAGGAGAAAGGUUUCAGAGUUGCAGAAGGGGUUAAGUUAUUGUAUUCUGCACUAUCUUUGGAGAACCUGCAAGUUACAGAAGCUCAUUCAUCUAUCUUAUCAUCUUUGGAAUCCACUGAAUGUUCAAUUGGAAAGGAAACACCCAAACCAAUCCUUACACCUGUAAGUGAAGUUAAGCACACUCUUUCAAAAGAAAGUCAAUUAGAAAUGCACAAACCAGUUGAAGAAGUUGCAGAGCUGUCCAAAGACCAGAUGUUAAAAUCAGCCUUUAUUGCUGAGGAAUUGCAUACACUUCAAGCUGACAAAACUACACCAAUCCCAGGUUUAGAUAGUGCUAUUUCGAUGCAGUCCCAAAAAGAAGAGAAUCAGGUGCUUCAUUUACAUGUCAUCUGUGAUCAACAUACUCUUCCAUCUCAGGAUAUAUUUACUAGUGAAAAACCAAAAACUGAGCAAGCUGAUGCUGGAAAAAGUGCAACUCUUUUACAAUCAAUGUCUGUGAAUGAGCAAGCAGCUUUUCUUUGUGAGCAUUUGUCAGCGUUUUCUUCUAAAAAGACAACAGAAUCCGUACAACCACGAGAAGAGGCUCCAGCCAAACUAUAUCUUCAGUCUAUGCAGACAGAGACUGCGUUAUAUAAAGAAGGAUUACUUUCAGUCGAAAAACCGGAUCAGCAAAAAGCAUUGCAGAGACAAGAAAUAGACCGUAAACAUGUAGCUACUACAGAGGAAAAGUUAAAGCUCACAGCAGAUUCCUCUAAAGAUCUUGAUGUUUCUGCAAAAGGGGUGAAACUUGAACACAGGAAAGAACCCCAACCUUUAAAUGUUCUGCAUGUGGUAUCAGAACCUUUGCCGCUUACCAAGGAAAAUCCUAUAGCCAGUUGCGAUAAAGAGCAUCAUGCACUGGUACAAAAGGAGGACCGCUGGAAUAUUAUGCAGGCAAUGUCAGUGUCAGACAAGUAUGCAUUAGAGGAAGGUCACACAGAUAGGCUUAAGUCAAUGGAGACGUUUACCUGCAAGGUAGAUUUAGAACCAAAACUAUCCAUGCAGUCGGUUCAUAUUGAGGAACAAGCCAUAUCCACUGAAAGCUGUGCCACUCUUGAGGAUGCUGAGCAAGAUUUUGCUGUUCAUAUCCAAGAGGGCCAAUCUGUAAAGCAGUCUAUGUUAAUCGAAGAGAAGCAAACUCUGACAGGGGAAAUAUCUAAGGAUAUUAGCAAAGCAGAGGCAAAAACAGUACAUGUUUUGCCUGAGCCUUCCGAACCUCUUUUAGUGACCGAGUCUCAAGAAAGCAAAGCACUUCUGAAGGAACACAAAUUUGUUAUUCCUGCCCCCAAACCACACAGCUUGGACAUCAAACAUCAGUUAAAAAAAUCAUUACAGUGUGCGGUGGCCUGUGAUCAGCCAUUAAUCCUGGCAGACAUUGUAAGUAAUUUAAAAGUUAUAGAAGUCAAGGAGGCAAAGGUGCAUAAGGAACCAAGAUACGCGAUGUUCUCUUAUCUUAUAACGACUACAUCUGCACCAGUGGAAAUAACAAUUGUUUUUGAGGGCGAAUAUCCUCAAGUAGCUGAUCUUAGGAGUGAACUUCAGACUGUCCUAAAAUCCAUAAUUUAUCAGGAACAUCAGUUGUUUACUUCUGAACAGCCUGAGUCAAUGCCAGUCUUCAAACCGCAGCAGGUUCAGGUUAAAACAACUACCUCAAAGGAGAUGCUUUCACCAUUGGUAGAAUCUGUACAGUUAACUGAAAACGUAGAAGUGUUCGCACCAACGAAGGGUCAGUCUGCUGCUUUGAAGACCGAAACCAAAGAAUCUUUCCAGUGCAUAACUGCUCAGGAACAAAUUAUAGUAAAAGAGUCCAAACAUCAUGUGAUUCAGAUGGCUGUUGAAACAAAAUCUGAUAUCCAAGAAUCAAUUCGGACUAGAGCACAAGAAAUCAAAUCAGUUCAAGAAGAGAAAGGGGUAGGUUUUGAAGGUAUCACCACAAACAUACCAGAGGCAACAUUACCAGUGGAAAAGUCUAGAUAUUCUCAAGUCCUUAUUGAGAAACAGAAAAAGGGAGAAAUUAUAAAAGAGGAUAUAACACUGAUAAGAACUUCAGAAAAGGGUUUGGCCAAGGAGAUUGCUUUUGAAUUGCCAUUAGAAGAUAUUGCUGUUGUGGAGAAUUCUGUGGUUACAUUUACUGUCUGUAUCAAAAAUGUGAACCAAGUUAGUUGGUUUUUCAAAGGCAAAUCGGUCAAAUCUGGCAAAGAGUUCAAAUGCUCGAAACAAAAUGAUACUUAUACCUUAGUAAUCAACAAAGUUACAAAGGAAAAACAUGAAGGAGAAUACACAUGUGAGGCUGUGAGUGACGGAGGCAAGGCCUCAACAUCAUCGAGACUCAUGAUUCUUUCAAGAGUGCCACCAGUAUUCAAGAAAAAAUUCCAUGACCUCGAGAUCAAAGUUGGCAGCUCUGCGAACUUCGAAUGUGAAAUAGAAGACGCUCCAAACGUAACCUUCAAAUGGUUUAAGUCGAACGCUGAACUCAGGCAAAGUGAGAAGUACAAGAUCAUCAGCCACCAUUCCACAUCAUGCCUACAGCUCCUGAACACCACCAAACCAGACAGUGGAGAAUAUAUCUGCUGUGCUUCAAACAAACACGGCACUGAUAGCUGCUCUGCUAAGCUGAUCAUCACCGAAGCAAAAAUUCCACCAACCUUCACUAAGAAGCCUUCAGAGCAUUUUGAGGAGACUGAGGAUAAACCUGUAAAACUUGAGGGCCGUGUGUCUGGAUCACAGCCACUGUCCAUCAGCUGGUACAAAGAUAACAAGCAGAUUUUCAGUUCUGUUGACUGUGAAAUGUCCUUUGUGGGCAACGUGGCUGCGUUAUGUAUUAAGAAAUCCCAAACAUCAGAUAGUGGCACCUAUACUUGCAGUGCCUCUAACGAAGCUGGUACUGCAUCCUAUAAUGUGGUGAUAAACAUUACAGAAAAACAAAUGCCACCAACCUUUGAUCUGACUCUGAAGCCUAUCGCAGUGAAUGAGGGUGAGAGCCUUAGCCUUAGCUGCCAUGUUUGUGGCUCUCCUCCUCUGUCAAUACAAUGGAUGAAGGACAGAAGAGAGGUGAUUUCUUCAGCCAACUCUAAGCUCAUGUUUGUGGAUGGCACUGCCACACUGACAAUUGCCAAAGCAUCCAGAAAUGAUGCAGGAGACUACCUAUGCAAGGCAACCAACAAUGUUGGUAGUGAUUUCUCUAAGGCCAAGGUCACCAUUAAAGCAGGAGCAGCCGCAGCAGCAGCACAAACAGGACCUUCAGCACCUGUGCCUGCUCAGAAACUGGACAACUUGUUCUUCAUUGAAGAACCCAAGAGUGCCCGUAUAACAGAGAAGGGCACUGCAACCUUUAUCGCCAAGGUUGGUGGUGAUCCCAUUCCCAAUGUAAAAUGGAUGAAAGGCAAAUGGAGGCAGAUGACUCAAGGCGGUCGGGUUGCCAUUGAACAGAAGGGCCAAGAUGCCAAGCUGGAAAUCCGAGAAGUAACCAAAUCAGAUGCUGGCCAGUAUCGAUGUGUAGCAUCCAACAAGCAUGGAGAAAUCGAAUCCAGCACUGAUCUGACUGUUGAUGAGAAGAAGGAGAUUACACUUGAAGCAGUGAAACUGAAGAAGACUCCAUCCAAGCAAAAGAGUCCAAAAGAGAAUGAAGACAUUAACAUCAUUGAGCUGCUAAGAAAUGUAGACCCAAAAGAGUAUGAGAAGUACGCUCGCAUGUACGGUAUCACUGACUACCGUGGCCUUCUCCAGGCCAUUGAACAGCUGAAGAGAGAGAAGGGUGAAGAAAGUGAAAGACCGGGAUAUGAACGUACCAGAGAAUCCGAUGAGGAUUUGGCUAAACUUGUGGCUGAUCUGCAGCGAAGAAUGGAGCAAACUGAACCCAUUUCCCUACUUAAUGACAUCAAAGAUCAAACUACCAAAGUUAACACAGAUGCUGUGUUUGAGUGUGAAAUUAAGAUCAACUACCCAGAAAUCACACUGUCUUGGUACAAAGACUCUAAGAAGCUUGAGAACAGUAGUAAAUACGACAUUAAAGUGGUGGGUGAUCGGCACUUGUUGAAGAUCAAGAACGUCCAGAAAAGUGACCAGGGAAAUUACCGUGUUGUUUGUGGCCCACACAUCUCUAGUGCCACACUGUCCGUUGUAGCCGAUCCGAUACAGUUCACUAAGCGCAUUCAAAACAUUGUGGUGAAGGAACGCCAGACUGCAACCUUCGAGUGCGAGUUGUCAUUUGACAAUGCAGUCGUUACAUGGUAUAAAGACUCUUGGGAGCUUAAAGAGAGUCCAAAAUAUGCCUUCCAAUGUGAAGGACGACGUCACUUUAUGAUCAUCCGUAACGUAACAUCUGAGGAUGAAGGCGUUUACUCAGUCAUCGCACGACUGGAGCCCAUUGGUGAAACUAAAAGUACAGCUGAGCUGUACCUGUCAGGCAAAGAAAUUGAUCUAGGAACUUUUUCUUAUGAUGUCCCAGAUACAACAAUACAAGUGCCUGAGGUUUCAUCUAUGAUUAGUUUCAAAGGCGAGUCAACCGAAUAUUAUCAUUAUGAAGAAAAGACUGAAGUAAAAGAAUAUGAGAGUUGGACAGUGCAAGAAGAAAAAGUAAUUCAUGAAGUAACACCAACUCAAGAACCAAAGAAGCCCAUUGAAGAAACUGUUUUUAAAAUGGUGGCACAGAAGACAGAAGAAAAACCUCAAAAAGAACCUGAAAUCAUACCUGUAGAGGAAACAGUUCCCGUAACAAUUGUGCCUGAAUCAAAACAACAGCCUGCACCUAAAGAAUCAGGUGCUCCUAAGAAGCCAGAAGCAGUACCACAGCCAGAAUACACUACAAAACAUGAAGAGCUUUUACCUGAAAAAACAGCAAUAACACCAGUAAAAGUGCCAGUUGUUGAGAAGAAGCCAACACCUGAGGCAACAAAGCCAACAGUGAGGCCACAAAAAGUCUCUCCACAUCAAGAGCCAACUGUGGAGAAGAAGGCAACACCUAAGGCAACACCUGAGUCAACACCUGAGGCACCAAAGCCCACAGUGGUGCCUGUGGAGAAAAAAGUCUCCCCACAAAAAGAGCCAAUCGUGGUGAAGAAAGAAGCACCUGAAGCACUAAAGCCAAUGGUGGUGCCAGUUGAGGAAAAAGUCUCUCCACCUAGAGAGCCAACUGUGGUGAAGAGAGAAACACCUGAAGCACCAAAGCCUGUUGUGGUGCCAGUUGAGAAAACUGUCUCUCUACCUCAAGAGCCAACCGUGGUGAAAAAAGCAGUACCAGAGGCACCAAAGCCCACAGUAGUACCAGUUGAGAAAAAAGUCUCUCCACCUCAAGAGCCAACUGUGGUAAAGAAGGCAACACACGAUAAGGCACCAAAGCCAACGGUGGUCCCAGUUGAACACAAAGUUUCUCCUGGUCCAGAGCCGACAGUUAAAAAGAUGCCCACACCUGAGCCACCAAAACCGACAGUAGCACCAACUGUGCAAAAGGAGCCAACUGUGGUAAAGAAGGCAACACCUGAGGCACCAAAGCCAACCAUGGUGCCACCUGAGCAGAAGGUUGCACCUCCUUCCUUAGAGCCAACUCUUGAGAAGGCACCAACACCUAAGGCACCAAAGCCAGAGCCAACUGUGGUUAAGAAGGUAACACCUGUGGCAUCAAAGCCCACAGUGGUGCCAGUUGAGAAAAAGAUCUCUCCUCUUCUAGAACAAACUGUUGAGAGUAGGCCAACACCUGAGGCACCAAAGCCAACAGAGACACCUUUUGAGGAAACAGACUCUCCUCCUCAAGAUCAUGGUCCUGUUCAAACUCCUGGGCCAGUUCAGAAAGAUGGAAAACCCAAGGAAGAAGGUGCACUAGGCAGAGGCAGAGGGCUUAGACCACGCCAAACCCCGUCCCCUGGUGAUGCGGGACGUGGAAGAGGGCUCAGACCUGGUGGUGGAGGUGACAAACCUCCUGCAGAGUCCCCCUUUGCUUUCCAGCUUAAGGCUGUCCCUCUAAAGUUUGUGAAAGAACUUCAGGACAUUGUGCUGCUAGAGGCCGAGUCUAUCGGUUCCUCCGCUGUAUUUGAGUGCCAAAUUUCUCCUUCUACUGCUAUAACUACAUGGAUGAAGGAUGGUAGCAACCUGAGGGAAGGUCCAAAACACAAGUUUACAUCUGAUGGAAAAGACAGAAAACUGGCCAUUAUUGAUGUUCAGCUCUCUGACCGAGGGGAGUAUACAUGUGUCGCCAAGCUAGGAAACAAAGAGAAGACCUCCACUGCCAGACUUAUUGUUGAAGAGCUGCCUGUUAAAUUUAUCAAGACCCUGGAGGAGGAGGUGUCUGUACUCAAAGGACAGCCCAUGUAUUUGACCUGUGAGUUGAACAAAGACCGAAAUGUGGUCUGGAAAAAGGACGGCGCUGAGCUCAAACCAGUUGCUGGAAAGGUCGCCAUUAAUAUUAUUGGACUGCAACAUGCUGUGACAAUCCAGGACGCAAACGAUGCCGAUGCAGGAGUUUACACAUGUGAAUGUGAAAAUCUCAAAACUCAAACAAUUGUGAAGGUUAUGGAAAUCAUCAGAGACUGGUUGGUGAAACCACUGAGGGAUCAGCAUGUGAAACCAAAGGCCACUGCUACCUUUAAGUGCGAACUCUUCAAAGAUACUCCUAACUGGAAAUGGUUCAAGGGAAAUGAAGAGAUUCCUAAUGAGCCUACAGAAAAAACUGAAGUCCAGAAGGAUGGAAAAGACAUCAUUCUGACUGUCAAGAAUGCUCAACCAAAUGAUGUUGGAGAGUAUGCCAUGGAAGUUGAGGGCAAACGAUACACAGCAAAACUCACACUUGGUGAGCGUGAAGCUGAGGUCCUGAAACCCCUGGCUAGUGUGGAAGUGGUUGAAAAAGAGGAGGCCAAGUUUGAUACUGAAAUCUCAGAGGAAGACGUGCUUGGCGAAUGGAAACUUAAAGGACAAGUUCUAACAAGAUCACCGACAUGUGAUAUCAAAGCUGAAGGGAAGAAGCGAUUCCUUACUUUGAAAAAUGUUCAGCUUGAUCAAUCUGGUGAAGUUACAUACCAAGCUCUGAAUGCGCAGACAAGUGCUAUGCUUACAGUGAAAGAGGGUGACGCGAAAUUCAUUACCAAGUUGCAAGAAUACACUGCUGUUGAGAAAGAGGAGGUCACUCUUGACUGUGAGCUCAGCAAAGAUGUUCCUGUGAAGUGGUUCCAUAAUGAGAUUGAAAUUAUGGCUUCAAAGUUGGUCGCCAUAAAGGUCGAGGGUAAACGAAGGAUUCUCCACAUUAAGAAAGUGGAGCAGAAAGACCAUGGAGUGUAUGCAUGUGACUGUGGAACAGAUAAGACAUCAGCCAAUGUUAUUAUUGAAGCUCGUGAUGUGAAAGUGGUCCGGCCUAUGUAUGGAGUUGAAGUGUUUGAUGGAGAGACUGCCCGAUUUGAAGUUGAAAUCUCAGAGGAUGACAUCCAUGGCCAGUGGAAACUGAAAGGAGAAGUCCUUACACCUUCAGCUGAUGUUGAGAUCAUUGAAGAGGGUGCGAAACACACACUGACACUGUACAACUGCAAAGUUGCCCAGACAGGAGAGGUCGUUUUCCAGGGAGCAAAUGCUAAGUGUGCUGCAAACCUCAAAGUAAAAGAACUUCCCAUCACAUUCCUAACACCUUUGAGUGAUGUCCAAGUAUACGAAAAGGACGAGGCAAGAUUUGAAUGUGAACUGUCAAGAGAGGCAAAGACUUUCCGAUGGCUGAAGGGCUCUCAAGAGCUGAAGGCAGAUGAAAAAUAUGACAUUCAAAAAGAAGGAAAAAGACAUAUACUCAUAAUCAAAUCAGCUGCCUAUGAAGAUGAGGCGAAAUACAUGUUCGAAGCUGAGGACAAGAGAUCCUUUUCCAAAUUGGUCAUCCAAGGUAUUCGUCUUGAGUUUGUGAGACCCAUUAAGGACGUCACUGUAAAGGAGCGUGAGACGGCAGAGUUCAGUAUUGAGCUUUCCCAUGAAAAAAUUCAAGUCAGCUGGUAUAAAAAUGAUGUCCGUUUGCAUCCAAGCAAAGUGGUGCACAUGGCUGAACAUGGCAAGAUCCACACUCUGUCCUUCAAAGAGGUGUCCAUUGAUGAUACCUCACUCAUUAAAGUAGAAGCUCUUGGCAAGACCUCGGAGGCCAUGCUUACAGUGCUUGAGGGAGAAGCUUAUUUCAUUACCAAGCUCCAGGACUACACAGCAGUCGAGAAGGACGAGGUUGUGCUGAAGUGUGAACUGAGCAAAUCCUCUGCUGAGGUUAAAUGGUUUAAAGACGGCACAGAGAUCAUCCCAUCCAAGAACAUCCUUAUCAAGGCUGAGGGAAAGAAACGCAUUCUGAUUGUGAGGAAGGCUGAGAAGGCCAACAUUGGCGAAUAUGUCUGUGACUGUGGUUCUGAUAAAACUGCAUCUAAGCUGAACAUUGAAGAGCGUGACAUUAAGGUCACCCGUCCACUGUACAGUGUGGAGGUUACAGAGACGAGUACCGCUCGAUUUGAGGUAGAGAUUUCAGAAGAGGAUGUCCAUGGGCAUUGGAAACUCAAAGGAGAGGCUUUACAUCAGUCAGCUGACUGCGAGAUUAAAGAAGAAGGCAACAAACACAUUUUGAUUCUGUAUAAUGUACGCAUGGACAUGGCUGGUGCUGUGGACUUCAGUGCUGCUAAUGCUAAAUCUAGUGCUCAGCUCAGAGUUAAAGCUCGGACAAUUAGCCUUUUGCGGCCUCUUCAGGAUGUCACAGUCACUGCUGGAGAAACCGCCACUUUUGAGUGUGAGCUUUCAUAUGAGGGCAUUGCUGUUGAAUGGUUCGUUGGAACAACAAAAAUGGAGUCAAGUGAAACUGUGGUUACCAGAUCAGAGGGCAGACUGCACAGCUUGACUCUGAGGGAUAUCAAGAUGACCAAUGCUGGCUUUGUGAAGAUCCAAGCAAAGGACUUUCAGGCCCAAGCCAUGCUUUCAGUAAAUGAGGCACCUGUCGAGUUUUCCAGGCCCUUGGAGGACCAGACUGUUGAAGAGGAGGCAACUGCUAUUCUGGAAUGCGAACUCUCCAGAGAGAAAGCUGAUGUCACAUGGUUCCGAGACGGACAGGAACUUCACAAAACAAAGAAGUAUGACAUGGUGGCUGAAGGGCGUAUAAGGAGGCUGAUAAUCAAAGACUGUACUCUCGAUGACUCCAAAACAUACACAUGCGAUGCCAAACACUUCAAGACCUCUGCUUUCUUGGGUGUCGAGCCUCCACAUAUCGAGUUUACUAAGCCUCUUCAUGAUGUUGAGGUCAGGGAGAAGGAAUCUGCUAAGUUUGAAUGUGAAGUUUCCCGUGAAAGUGCCAAGGUCCGCUGGUACAAAGAUGGCAUGGAAAUUAGAAAGGGCAAGAAGUACGAGAUUAUCGCCAAGGGAGUGCAGCGUAUUCUCAUCAUAAGCAAAGCAGUCUUUGAUGAUGAAGCUGAAUAUGAAUGCGACGCGAAAACUUCCAAAUCCUCCGGCAUUCUUACUGUUAUUGAGGAGGAAGCUAGAUUCACAAAGAACCUUGCUAAUGUUGAGGGCACUGAAACUGACAGUAUUAAACUGAUCUGUGAGGUCUCCAAGUCCAGUGCAGAGGUUACAUGGUAUAAAGGAGAUCAGGAAUUGCCUGAGGGUGGUAGAUAUGAACAAGUUGCAGAUGGCAGAAAGAGAAUCCUUAUCAUCCAAGGCCUUUCGAUGAAGGAUGCUGGAGAAUACAACUGCAGACUUGCCACUUCACAAACUACAGCAACACUAAAGAUCAAUGAACUGGCAGCUGAGUUUAUUUCUAGGCCCCAGAGCCAGGAAGUGGUUGAGGAUGAAAAGGCAAGAUUUGUGUGCUCAGUAUCCAAAGAGACCUAUGAAGUGAAAUGGUUCAGAGGUGACAUGGAGCUCCAAACUGGUGACAAGUAUGAGGUUGUUUGUGAUGGCAAGGAUCGAGCUCUUAUUGUUAAAGACUGUACAUUGAAGGAUGAAGGAACCUUCACUGCCUGCAUUGGGUCUGUCAAGGCUUCUGCAGAUUUACAUGUGAUUGAAAAACUGAGGAUCAUCACUCCUGUCAAAGACACCCAGAUUAAAGAAGGGCAAGAAAUUGUUCUUAACUGUGAAGUUAAUUCAGAGGGAGCUAAGGCCAAGUGGCUGAAGGAAAAUGAGACUAUGUUUGAAAGCAGCAAGUUCAUCAUGGUACAAAGAGACACUAUUUUCUCUCUGAGGAUCAAAGCUGCAGACAAGUCGGAUGAGGCAAUAUACACCAUUACACUCCUCAACCAGCGUGGUGAACAAGCUAAAUGCUCUGCUAAAGUCAGUGUAAUAGAGGAAGAGCUCCGUAUCACAGAGACUCUUGAGGACUGUGAAACUGAGGAAAAGAAAACGAUCAGCUUCACUUGCAAAGUGAACAGACCGAAUGCGACAGUACAAUGGCUGAAAGGAGGACAGGAAAUCACCUUCAGCAAACGCAUUGUUUACAGAGUAGACAAGAACAAGCACACUUUGACUGUCAAAGAUUGCACCAUGGAUGAUGAGGGCGAAUACACUGCAGUUGCUGGCACUGAUAAGUCUUCAGCUGAACUGAUCAUCAGUGAGGCACCAACUGACUUCACCACCCAACUCAGAGACCAGACAGUUACUGAAUUUGAAGAUGCAGAGUUUACCUGCAAGGUUUCAAAGGAGAGGGCCUCCGCUAAAUGGUACAAAAAUGGCCGUGAAAUCAGAGAAGGACCAAGAUAUCACAUGGAAAAGGAUGGAAAGACAUGCACAUUGUACAUUAAGGAAUGCAGACCUGAUGAUGAAUGUGAAUAUGCCUGUGGAGUAGAUGACAAAAGAUCCAAGGCUCGUCUCUUUGUUGAAGAGACACCAGUGGAAAUUGUCAGACCCCCAAAAGAUAUAUUUGAGGCCCCUGGAACAGACAUUGUAUUUGAAGUUGAGAUUAACAAAGACAGGGUUGAGGUUAAAUGGAUGAGGAACAACAUGGUCAUUGUUCAAGGUGACAAAUACCAGAUGAUCAGCGAGGGCAAAGUUCACCGUCUUCAAGUUUGCGAGAUCAGGCCUCGUGAUCAGGGCGAGUACAGAGUCGUCGCCAAGGAUAAAGACGCAAGAGCCAAGCUUGAGCUUGCAGCUGUACCCAAAAUCAAGACCACAGACCAGAAUCUUGUAACAGAUGCUGGAAAGCCCUUCGUAAUGACAGUUCCAUAUGAUGCCUACCCUCGUGCAGAGACUGAAUGGUUCUUUAAUGGCACCAGCCUUCCAAUGCAAAACAUUGACACAACCACUGAUAGGACAGAGUGCAGGUUGAAGGACCCUAAGAAGUCUGACCAGGGCCGUUAUAAAAUUGUCAUCAAGAAUAAGCAUGGACAGGCAGAGGCUUUCAUCAAUUUGGAUGUUAUUGAUGUUCCUGGGCCUGUGAAGAAUUUGAGAGUUGUUGACACCGCUGAUGGUGAGGUCAGCUUGGCAUGGGAUGAACCUGAGACUGAUGGAGGCAGCAAGAUUUUGGCCUAUGUGGUUGAGAGACGUGAUAUUAAGCGCAAGUCUUGGACGUUAGCCACUGACCGUGCUGAUAUUCCAGAGUACUGUGUCGGUGGAUUGCAGAAAGACAACAUGUAUUUCUUUCGUGUGUGUGCUCGCAACCGAGUCGGCAAUGGCGAGCCGGCGUGUACAGAUGAAGCUGUCCAAGCGAAAAAUAAAUUUGAUGUUCCUGAUGCACCACAGAAUGUUGUGGUAGGAAACGUUAACAGGUUUGGUGCAACCGUGAGCUGGGAACCACCCCUGUUUGAUGGUGGAUCAGAGAUCACGUCAUAUGUAAUUGAGCUCCGCGAUAGGACAUCUGUAAAAUGGGAGCCUGCAUUAGUGGUCCGGGCUGAGGAUCUCUCAGCAACAUUGAACGAUGUUGUUGAGAAUAAGGAGUACAUCUUCCGUGUUAGAGCUGAAAAUAAAGCUGGAAUCGGCAUGCCAAGUGCUGCUACUAAUCCUGUCAAAAUCAUGGAUCCCAUUGAGAGACCAAGUCCACCACUGAAUUUCAAUUAUACACAUCCAAAAAGAGAUUCUGUUCAGUUGGCAUGGGACAUUCCACUUAGCAAUGGAGGUAGUAUGAUCACAGGAUACAUCAUUGAGAAAUGUGAAGAUGGCACAAGCAACUGGCUCAGGUGCAAUGCCAGGCUCUGCCCAGACCUUUAUUAUAGGGUAUCUGGAUUGAAGUUUGGUCAGAACUAUCACUACAGAGUACUGGCAGAAAAUGCAGCUGGAGCUUCUGAUCCAUCUGAACAGAUUGGACCCAUCUUGGCAGAUGACCCACAUGUUGCACCCACAAUGGAUCUGAGUGGAUUCAAAAAGGGUCUAGAAGUUUUCGUCCCCAGUGCUCUUAAUAUUCGUGUACCGAUCACUGGGUAUCCCACACCCAAAGCCAAGUGGAUGUUUGGUGAAAAGGAGCUUACGCCUGAAGAUCGUGUCUCUGUGGUCACAAAGCCUACAUACACAGAGCUAAUCAUUACCCCAAGUGUUCGACCAGACAAGGGAAUAUACACCUUACACUUGGAGAAUGAUGUGACUUCAGUCUCUGGGGAGAUUGAUGUAAACGUUAUUGCAUCACCAAGUGCACCCAAAGACUUCAAGAUUGCAGAGGUGACUAGGCAUCAUGUCCAUCUUUCAUGGGAAGCACCGGAGCAUGAUGGAGGAAGUCCGGUUACUGGUUAUAAUAUUGAAAAGAGAGAGUUGUCUCGCAAGACAUGGGUCAAGGUGAUAUCUGGUGUGCAGGACCUUGAGUACACUGUCACAGAUGUGAUUGAGGGGAAGGAGUACUUGUUCAGUGUAAUAGCUUGCAACAAAUGUGGUCCUGGAGAACCAGCUUACAUUGAUGAAGCAGUGAAUGUUUCUUCACCAGCCACUGUGCCAGAGCCACCAGAGUAUCUAAAAUGGAGAGACAAAUCUGCCAAGGGUAUCUUUCUCACCUGGGAGCCCCCUUCAUACGAUGGGGGUGCACCUAUCAAGGGCUACAUAGUUGAUAAAUGCCAGCGUGGCACUGACAAAUGGGAACCCUGUUGUGAUCCAAUACCUGAACUGAAGUAUCAGGUGAAAGGGCUUGUUGAGGGACAGUGGUAUGCCUAUCGUGUGAGGGCAGUAAACAGACUUGGAGAUAGCAGACCCUGUAAGGCAACAGAUGAGAUUCUUGCUGUUGAUCCAAAAGAACCUCCAGUUAUUGAGCUGGAUGCCAAACUUCUAGCUGGCUUGACCGCCAGGGCUGGCACAAAGAUUGACCUUCCUGCAGAUGUGCUUGGAAAACCAGACCCCAGGGUGAAAUGGACCAAAGCUGAUCAUGUCCUUAAGCCAGAUGACCGAAUCGCGAUUGACACAAAGCCUGGCCACUCUACACUCUCUAUUGCUAAGACAACCAGAGAAGACACAGCUACUUACAUCAUUGAGGCAGUCAACACUUGUGGUCGUGCCACUGCAACAGUUGAUGUCAACAUUCUCGAUAAGCCUGGUCCUCCAGCUGCGUUUGACAUUUCUGAAAUUACCAAUGAGUCCUGUUGUCUGGCCUGGAAUGCACCAAGAGAUGAUGGUGGAUCUCCUGUAACCAAUUACAUUGUGGAAAUGAGACCUUUGGAAAAAGAGGAGUGGCAGAAGCUUUCUGCCACAGUCAAGCAGACCAUGUUCAAGGCCUGCAAACUGGUGUCUAUGAAGGACUAUGUUUUCAGGGUAUCUGCUGAAAACCAGUAUGGCAUUGGUUCUCCCAUAGAGCAUGUUCCAAUUGUUGCCAAGUAUUCAUUUGAUACUCCUGGUUCACCAACCAGGCUUCAGCACUCUGAUAUUGCUAAGGAUGCCCUGACCUUGACAUGGUAUGAACCUGAUGAAGAUGGUGGAAGUCCAGUCACUGGCUACUGGGUGGAGAGGUUCGAUCCAGAAACUGACAAAUGGAUCAAAUGCAACAAGCUGCCAGUCAGAGACACUACGCUCAGAGUGAAAGGGCUGCCCACAAAGAAGAAGUGCAGAUUCCGUGUUCUGGCUGAAAAUCUUGCAGGAAUUGGAAAACCAAGUGCUGAAACAGAUCCCAUCUUGAUUAAGGAUCCAAUUGAUCCUCCAUGGGCCCCUGGCAAACCAUAUAUCAAAGACAUUGCAAAGACCUCAGCAUUUCUGCAAUGGACUAGACCAGAACAUGAUGGUGGUGCUAAAAUCGAGUCUUAUAUCAUUGAGCUCCUCAAGAGUGGAACUGAAGAAUGGGUCCGUGUGGCUGAGGAUGUGCCCACGACAGAACACUUGGUAAAGGGUCUGAUGGAGAACCAGGAAUACUCUUUCCGUGUCAAAGCUGUAAAUGUAGCUGGAGCGAGUGAGGCCAGUGAUCCAAGUGAUGCUGUACUGUGCAAAGAAAGACUCUGUCCUCCAUCUCCACCUCGCUGGCUUGAGGUGGUCAACGUUUCGAAGACUGACUGUGACCUGAAAUGGACCGAACCAGAAAAUGAUGGUGGCUCUCCUGUUACCAAUUAUGUUGUUGAGAAAAGAGAUGUCAGACGCUGGACCUGGCAGACUGUGGACACUACGGUGAAAGACACAAAAUAUACUGUCACUCCACUGAUCGAGGGAACUCUAUAUGUGUUCCGUGUCGCAGCUGAGAACGCUGCGGGUGUGAGUGAAUUCAAUGAGCUUGAAGAUUCUGUUCUUGCCAAAGAUACUUUUACAACUCCUGGACCUCCUUAUGCCUUGACUGUGGUUGCGGUAUCCAAGAGGCAUGUUGACCUGAAAUGGGAGCCUCCCAAAAGUGAUGGUGGACGACCAAUCACAAAAUAUGUUAUUGAGAAGAAGGAGAAAGUGGGCACCCGCUGGAUAAAGACUGGAAAGACAUCAGAGGCUGAAUGCAAGUACAAGGUGGCUGAUGUAGAUGAGGGUAGCGAGGUGCAGUUCCAGGUCCGUGCUGAAAACGAGGCUGGAGUCGGUGAUCCAAGCGAACCUACAGACAUUCUUACAAUUGAGGAUCCAAUAAGCAUACCUUCGCCUCCAAUUGAAGUUAAAGUUGGGGAUGCAGGCAGAGAAUACAUAAACAUCACCUGGAGGGCACCUGAGAAGAAUGGAGGAAGUCCUGUCACUGGAUAUCAUGUUGAGUUGGCUGAGGCUGACACAGACAAGUGGAUGAGGAUCAAUGCUCGUCCUAUAAAAGAGCUUAGAUUCAGGGCUGAAGAUGGCAUUAUUCCUGAGAAACAAUAUGUUCUUAGAGUCCGUGCUAUCAAUGCUGUUGGGGUCAGUGAUCCCUCAGAAAUAUCCGACAAAGUCUUUGCUAAAGAUCCAGACAGUGCACCAAAGAUUGAUGUACAGACCCAAGAUGUUGUUGUUGUUGAGGGUGAAAAGAUGUUCCUAAAGAUCCCAUACAAAGCAAUUCCCAAGCCAUCAAUGGGUUGGAAGAAGGAUGAGGCAGAACUAAAGGCAGAUGACAGGCUGACUAUGAGAUGUGAACUCAACAGUAUCCACCUCGAGCUUCUAAAAUGCAAGCAUGAAGAUGCUGGGGUCUACACAGUGACUCUAGAAAACAGUCUGGGUUCAGUUACUGGAACAAUUAAUGUUAAAGUGAUUGGUCUGCCUGGACAAUGCAAGAGCAUUUCCCCAAGUGAAGUCACCAAGAACUCCUGUAAAAUCUCAUGGGAGGCCCCAGAGAAUGAUGGUGGUAGCCCUAUUUUGCACUAUGUACUAGAGCGAAGGGAGGCUCAGAAGAAAACAUUUAUGCCUGUGAUGUCUGGAGUCAAUAUCCUAGACUUUGUGGUCAAAGACCUUAUGAUAAAUAGUGAAUAUUACUUUAGAGUUAAAGCUGUCAAUCGAAUCGGUAGUGGCGAAUAUCUUGAGCUUCGCAACCCUGUCAUCAUAGAGGAGCAGAAACAGCGGCCUGACCCACCAGUUGAGGUUGAGGCAAAGAACCCUACCUCUCAGUCCAUUACAGUUACUUGGAAAGCCCCACCCUAUGAUGGUGGCUGUCCAAUUACUGGUUAUAUUCUGGAGAAAAUUGAGAAGGAUGGUGAUAGUUUUAAUAGAUGUGUUCCAAACCUGGUGCCUGGUUUCUCCUACACCAUCACUGGCUUGACUGAAGGACAAGAAUAUCAGUUCCGUGUUCGUGCCGAGAAUGUGGCUGGAGAAAGUGACCCUUCUCGCAGCACUCCACCAAUUAAGGCUGCAGAUCCUGUUGAUCCACCAAAGGUAUCACUACAUGUACGCAUUGCCUCUGGCUUGACCAUUCGAAAGGGUGAGGAGAUUAGACUGGAUGCCCACAUUUCAGGAUCACCCUACCCCACUGUGACAUGGUUUAGGAAUGAGGAAAAUGUCCAGAAGACUGUCAAGAAGAAGCCAGAUUUCCAUGUGAGAAAGAAAAAGAAGACCAAGUCUUUAUACCCUGAGCCAGAGGAAGAGUUUCAUCCUCCACUUCCCGAUCGUCUGUCAUAUGACCAGAGCAAAAGAGGCGAGACUGCGAUGAUGGUGCGUGAUGCCAUUAGAGAUGAUCAUGGACAUUUCACCAUCAGAGUUGAGAAUACUCACGGUUUUGCAACUGCAUCUUGUGAAGUUAAUGUUCUUGAUAAGCCCGGACCACCUGUAAACUUUGGAUUUGAUGACAUCAUGAAAAACUCUGUCACUUGCAUGUGGAAUGCGCCACUUGAUGACGGUGGCAGUGAAAUCAUCAACUACAUCCUGGAGAAAAAAGACAUCACCACUGAUGAAAUUGGUUGGGUUACUGUUACCUCAACCCACAAAGGAUACAACUACCCUGUAAGCAAACUCAUUGAAGGAAAGGAGUAUAUUUUCAGAGUGACAGCUGAAAACAAGUUUGGCUGUGGACCACCAUGCUAUUCCGAGCCGCUUCUUGCAAAGAAUCAAUUCGAUCCUCCUGAUGCUCCUAACAUGCCAAGAAUUGGAGAAGUCACUGCCAACAGUGUUGCCUUGACUUGGCAUGAACCAAAGGACAAUGGUAGUCCCAUUUUGGGCUACUGGAUUGAGAAACGUGAGGUCAACAGCAAGUACUGGACCAGAGUAAAUCGUAAUCUUCUCAGCUCCCUGGGAACCAAGGUUGAAGGUCUUAUGGAAAGCCUAGUUUACGUCUUCAGAGUUUGUGCUGAGAAUCUUGCUGGCCCUGGAGAAUUUAGUGUCCCAACAGAUCCUGUAGUUGCAAUGGAUCCAAUAUUGCCUCCGGGUCCUCCUGUGCCAAGGAUUGUUGAUACCACAAAUACGACAGUUGAAAUUGCAUGGAUUCCUCCAAUAUACAAUGGUGGUGGAGAUAUUCUUGGAUAUCAUGUUGAGCGUUGCGUUGUUGGCGAAAAAGAAUGGGUUCGCAGCACUGAGUUCAGAUGCAAGGAAUGCAAGUACACCUUGACUGGCCUGACCGAGGGAGCAGAUUAUAACAUCCGUGUAUAUGCUGUAAAUGAAGCUGGUCAUGGAGUCCCAGGAAUGACUGAACCAGUUCAAGUGAAAGAGCCUGAACUGGCCCCAGGAAUCGAGUUUGAUAUCUCUGUAAGGAAUGGAGUAAUUAUAAAAGCAGGAGGUACUCUGCGCAUACCAGCUUAUAUUGUCGGCAGACCCGUACCAGAGGUGAAAUGGACGAAAGACGAUGCUGAACCUGACAAAGAACGCGUUAUCAUCGAAAGGGUUGGAAACUGCAGCACUGUGAACAUCAAGAAUGCUCUUCGAACUGACCAUGGCAAAUAUGAGAUCACAGGAACCAACGCUAGUGGGACAAAAUCUGCUUUUAUCAAGGUUGAUGUUAUGGAUGUUCCUGGACCAGUGGUUGAUCUAAAGACGGUCCAUGUUAGCAAGAAGAUGAUCUCACUUACAUGGGCUGAUCCUGUUGAUAAUGGGGGAAGUGAUAUUAUAGGAUAUGUUGUUGAGAGAAAAGAUGCCAAGAAGCAUAUAUAUAGACAGCCACUGGAAACUGCUACAUGCAAAUGUGACAUCGUUGGCCUUCUUGUGGGUGAAGAAUAUAUGUUUAGAGUGGUUGCAAAAAACAAGUUUGGCUUUGGUGCCCCUGUUGAUCUUGGACCUGUCCUAGCUGUGGAUCCUUUAGGUGUGCCUUCUGCACCAGAGAAGCUUCACUCUAUUGCAAGAACAAAGAACACUGUGACACUUGCUUGGCAGCCUCCUAACAGUGAUGGUGGCUCUCCCAUUAGAGGCUAUUACGUUGAAAAAAUGCGAGAGGACAGUGAUGAAUAUGAUGUUGCGAGCCGACAGAUGUGUAAAGAUCUCACAAUUACAGUCGAAAAUCUGAACGAGAACAUGAUGUAUGACUUCAGAGUGAAGGCUGUCAACGAAGUUGGAGAUAGUGAACCAUCCAGACCUAUAAGUGUCCAUGUUCGAGAUGAUGUGUUUGCCCCAAAAGUGACAUUGUUGAAGUAUAUCCAGAGCAAUAACAUAAUUGUCAAGAAAGGAGCAGCCAUUGAAAUCCAUGCUCAAAUUACUGGUCUGCCGUUGCCCACAUUCGUGUGGACAAAGAACAAUGUUGGUCUUGAAGCAUCAACUGAGACCAUGACACUUGAAUCUGAGGAGAUCGACAGGCAAACUAUCAAAACCAAGAUUGUUAUUCCUGAAACUGUAAGACAAGACACAGGCAUAUACAAACUGACCGCAACAAAUCUUCAUGGAACCGGCCAAAUAGUUAUCAAAGUUGAUGUUUUAGAUCGUCCAUCACCCCCAAGAAACAUUGUGAUCUCUGAUAUUAAGGCUGAGUCUUGCUACCUUACUUGGGAUGCUCCAGAGGACAAUGGAGGAAGUGACCUCACCAAUUACAUUAUUGAAAAGCGAGAUGCCAGCAAAAAGAAAACGGACUGGGAGCAGCUGACUUGUUGUGUUAUAGACAGACGCUAUGGGGUUUACAAGCUAGAAGCCUAUGGCACUUUCCAGUUCCAGAUAACAGCACAGAACAAAUAUGGACUGAGUGAUGGGUGUGAAUCAGAAAAAGUUGUCCUCAAGGAUCCAUAUGGCCUUCCUGGUCCACCUCUUAGACCAAGAAUCCUUGAACGUAACCGUUCAUCUAUGGUGGUAGCUUGGGAUCCUCCAAAAGACAAUGGUGGAGCAACCAUUCAGGGCUACUGGAUUGAAAAGAGAGAGAGGGGAGCUGUGUACUGGAGUCGGGUUAAUAGGGCUUCUGUAACAAAGCCAGCUGUUAGAUGCUUAGACUACAAUGUUCUACAUCUCAUUGAAGGUUUUGAGUACCAGUUCCGUGUGAUGGCACAAAAUGCUGCUGGCAUUGGACCUCCAAGUGAGGCGACAGAAUGUGCGUUUGCCUUGGACCCAACAAAGCCACCAAGCCAGCCACCUGCACCUCAGGUAAAAGACAAGACAAAAAGCAGUGUAACUCUAGCCUGGGCUCCACCAGAUAAGGAUGGAGGAAGCCCUAUUAAAGGCUAUAUUGUUGAAGUUCAGGAUGAAGGCUCAAACGAGUGGACAAGAGUUAAUCAACCUGAUAAGCCCAUUCUCACUACGUCUUACACUGUCCCAGACCUCAAAGAGAACAGGAAAUGUCGAUUCAGAAUUGUUGCUGUUAAUGAUGCUGGAGAGUCGGAGCCAAGUCCUAGGACUGCUGAUACCAUGGUGCAGGAUAUAGUGGAGGAACCCAUUAUUACAUUGGGGGUCUCAGCUUGUGACCUGCUUUGCUGUCAUGCUGGAACAGCGAUUAGAAUUCCUGCCACCAUAACAGGCAGACCUGUACCAAGUGUCAAAUGGGAAUUUGAUGGAACUGCCCCAACUGAGACAAAGAAUGAGCAGCACAUUCUUCCGGUGGAUUCAAAGGUCUCAUCAACGGAUACCACAACAGAAGUAGUUAUCCCUGAGAGUAAGCUCAACCACUCUGGACAGUACAUCAUUACGGCAUCAAAUCAAGGUGGUACUAAAGUGGUAAAAGUCCGUGUAACAGUACUUGACUUACCUGGGCCUCCUAAAGACCUCAAAAUCACUGACAUCACAAGAAGUACAUGCAGGCUUACAUGGAAGCCUCCAGAUAAUGAUGGUGGUGAGAGAAUCAAGAGCUACUACAUUGAGAAGAAGACAGUUGAAGGAAAAGCUUGGACAAAGGUCAACCCAGCCUGUGCUAGCCAGUCUCUGGUAGUCGGAGACCUUGCUGAGGGACAAGAAUACUUGUUCCGCAUUCGGGCUGAGAAUCGCUUUGGUAUUGGACCUCCUCUGCAAACUUUCCAAAGGACAAAAGCAAAGGAUCCCAUCCAUCCUCCUGAUCCACCCACAAGAGUCAAAAUUCUCAACGUAUCCAAAGGAACAGUGACUUUAACAUGGAAGCCACCCAAAAAUGAUGGUGGAUCACCUGUAACACAUUACAACGUUGAACGACUUUGGUGGGAUUCUAGUGGGGAGCAGAAAGAGUCUUGGAGACAGUGCAAUCGACGUGACAUUGAUACCACUACCUUCAAAGUGGAGGACCUUAACGAGGGUGCUGAGUAUGAAUUCCGUGUCAAAGCUGUAAAUGAGGCUGGUGCAAGUAGACCAUCUUCUACUGCAGGCCCCGUCAUCGUUAAGGACCAGUCAAGGGCACCUUCCAUUGAGCUUGAAGAGUUCAUGGAAGCUGAGCAGACUACAGACAUUAGCAUUGUUGCUAAGAUCAAAGGAUGCCCAUUCCCCACCCUCACCUGGCAGAAGGCACCACCCCACAAAAGUGACGACAAGGUUGAUGUAGAAUACGACGAGCAUAUCAAUAAGCUUGUGACCGAUGACAGCUGCACUCUGCUGAUCCAGCAAAGCAACCGCUUAGACACUGGCCUCUAUACACUCACUGCAAGCAACAGUUUAGGCAAGGUCUCCAAAGAGAUGAGACUUAAUGUUCUAGGACUACCUGGACCACCUUCUGCACCAAUCAAGUUUGAGGAGAUUCAUGCUGAAAAUAUUACCAUCUCAUGGCUACCUCCAAAAGAUGAUGGUGGCUCCAAAAUUACUAACUACACCAUAGAGCGACGAGUUGCCAACAGAAAAACAUGGAUUCCGGUCCCAGGGGCACCCAAAGAACGUGUGUUUACAAUUGAGGGUCUGAUGCCUGGUCAUGAGUAUAUAUUCCGCAUCAGGGCACAGAAUAAAUAUGGAGUUGGUGAUCCUCUUGACAGUGAACCAGAGGUUGCAAGAGAUAUAUUCACUGUUCCAGGACAAUGCGAGAAGCCAACACUAUCAAGUAUUACAAUGGAUUCCAUUACUGUAAACUGGGAAGAGCCAGAAACAGAUGGUGGCAGUCCAAUCACUGGGUACUGGCUUGAGCGUAAAGAGACAACAUCGAAGCGCUGGAAUAGAGUCACCCGUGAUCCAGUCAGGCCCAUGCCUUUUGGUGUGUCUUACAAAGUCACAGGACUCAUUGAAGGAUCUCAGUACCUGUUCCGUGUCACUGCAAUCAAUGCAGCUGGGUGCGGACCUGCAAGUUUACCAUCUGACCUGACAGUUGCCAGGGAUCCAAUUGCUCCUCCUUCACCACCAACCCCCAAAGUUACUGACUGGACGAAUACGACAGUUGACUUGGAAUGGAUUCCACCUCUAAAAGAUGGAGGCUCAAGGGUUAUUGGUUACUAUGUUGAAUACAAAGAGGAAGGCACCGAGGCUUGGGUUAAGGCCAAAGAAAAAGAAAUCAGGGGAACCAGAUUUGUAAUCACUGGGCUGAAACAGAAUGGAUUUUACAAGUUUAGAGUUUUGGCAUUGAACGCUGCUGGACUGAGCGAACCGGGAGAAGUUGCUGAAGUUCUUGAAAUGAAGGAAAAAAUAAUUGCCCCAGAACUUGACCUGGAUGUCUCAAUGAAAGAGAAGAUUGUUAUUCAUGCAGGUGGUGUGAUUCGCCUCAUAGCAUAUGUCUCAGGCCAGCCUGCACCGGAAAUCACAUGGAACAGAGAUGGCGGAGCUGUUCCACCAGAGGCUGUUGUCGAGACUACGUCAAUCAGCACCUCCUUAGUCAUUAAGAAUUGCAUUAGAAGUCAAAAAGGAGUUUAUACUCUAACGGCAAAGAAUGCUGGCGGAGAAGUCAAGAGGACUGUCAUUGUUGAUGUUAUUGAUGUUCCUGGUCCAGUUGGUAUACCUUUCAUAGCAGACAAUCUAGGUACUGACUCCUGCAAAUUGACAUGGUUCUUCCCAGACGAAGAUGGCGGCUCACCAAUAUCUAACUACCUAAUUGAGAAGCGUGAAGCUGAACGCAAAGCAUGGACGGCAUGCUCUUAUAAUGCUGCUCGACAAAACGCUGUGGUUGAUAAUCUUACUUUAGGAAAAGCAUACUUCUUCAGAGUUGCACCUGAAAAUGCAGUGGGACUUGGACCAUUCCGUGAAACGGCAUGCGAAAUUGUCAUCAAGGAACGUCUAAGCGUACCAGACCGUCCAGAGGAAAUUGAGGUCACUGCUAUCACUAAAGACUACGUUAGUUUAACAUGGAAGCCACCAAAGAAUGAUGGUGGCAGUGAUGUGAUUUCCUACGUAUUAGAGGCCCGAAUGAUUGGCAAGGACAAGUUUAUGAGAUUGACCAAAGAAAAACUGAUGGACAGGAAAUUCACAUAUGAUUGUCUCCGGGAGGGUGAGACGUAUGAAUUCCGUGUGAGUGCAGUCAACGAGAUUGGUCAGGGCAAGCCAUCCUUCUGCACCAAACCAAUCAUCUGCAAAGAUGAACUUGAACCCCCGACGAUCGAAGUAGACUUCCGUGACAAAAUCAUUGCUCGUGUUGGAGAUAGCUUUGCUCUGCAAGGACGCUACUCAGGCAAGCCGGCCCCUUCAGUUAUAUGGUCAAGAGAUGACGAGGAGCUCAAGGCAGAUAAACAUAUUCAGUUCAAGAACACUCUUACUACCAUGUGCCUUGGCAUUAUCAAGGCUCAGCGUGAACACAGUGGCAAAUAUUGUGUUACGGUUGAAAACUGUACAGGAUCCCGCAAAGGCACUUGCAAUGUCACUGUUGUUGACCGCCCAUCACCGCCUGAAGGUCCAGUUAUAUUUGAUGAAGUUCACAGAGAUCAUAUGGUCAUUUCUUGGAAGCCUCCUCUUGACAGUGGUGGCUGUGAAAUUUCCAACUAUAUAAUUGAGAAGAGAGAUUCUAACAGAGACAUGUGGAUCACUGUAACGGCUGCUUCCACAAAAACCACCUGCAAAGUGCCUAAGCUUGUGGAAGGCCGUGUAUAUAUCUUGAGAAUCAGUGCAGAGAAUUUGUAUGGCAUCAGUGACCCAUUGGAGUCUGAAGAAAUGAAGGCCAAAGAUCUUUUCAGAGUACCUGAGGCCCCUGAAGAGCCAACAGUUAGAGAAGUAUACCAUGACUCAGCCCUGGUGCUCUGGAACCGUCCUCGUGAUGGUGGCAAGCCCAUUACCAACUACUACUUAGAAAAGAAGGAGCCAUCUGGUAAGAGAUGGUCCAGAGCAACUAGAGAUCCCAUCUACCCAGCUACCCAGUACAGAGUGCAAGAUCUCAUCGAAGGCUGUGAAUAUGAAUUCCGUGUCACAGCAGAGAACGAAAUUGGUAGUGGAGACCCAAGCCCUCCUUCUAAGCCUAUCCUAGCCAAGGAUCCUAUCGUUUUGCCUAGCCCGCCUGUUCUACCUGAGGCAGUUGACAAAACAAAGGAUUCCGUGAGUCUGUCAUGGCGCGUUCCCCGCCAUGAUGGCAAAGGCAAACUCUUUGGAUACCUUAUCGAGUAUCAGAAGCCUGGCGCCAUUGAUUGGCUGCAGGCCAACGAGACACCAGAGUCUUGCCCUGACACCAAUUUUGUUGUAAAGAACUUGCCUGAGGGUGAAGAAUUCCGUUUCAGGAUUAUGGCUGUAAAUGCAGCUGGAAAAUCUGAGCCUGCUUACGUAAAGGACCCGGUUAAAGUGCACGACAGACUUGAGGAGCCAGAGCUGUUGCUAGAUGCCAAUAUGUCUCGGGAUCAUCUGGCUAUGAUUGGAACAGAUAUCACACUAAGUGCUGUGAUUAAGGGCAUCCCAAUUCCCACUGUUUCUUGGAAGAAAAAUGGUGAAGAUGUUCCCGCUCAUUGUGUAAUUCAAGUAACAGCAAGUGGAAGUAAAUUGCAUAUAAAGAAAUGUACCCGUGCCGACAGUGGAAACUACACUAUCACAAUUCAGAAUGCAGCAGGCUCCAAGACAGCAACAUGCGCUGUGCUUGUUCUUGAUAAACCCGGACCGCCAAGAAAGCUUACUGUCUCUGAAGUUACAAGCGAGUCAGCUUAUCUAACCUGGCAAAAACCUGAGGAUGAUGGUGGUGCUGUGAUCUCUCACUAUGUUGUGGAGAAAAAAGAUGUUGCAGCUGAUAAGUGGGUGCCAGUCUGUGCUUCAUCCAAGAAGCCUAGCCUAAUGGCUUUGUACCUAAUAGAGGGUGUUCAGUAUAUUUUCCGUGUGGCAGCUGAGAAUCAGUUUGGAAGGAGUGCAUAUGUUGAAACCAGCAAGCCUACAAAAGCAGUUGAUCCUCUCUAUCCUCCUGGGCCUCCCAAGAAUUUGCACCACACUGAUGCAGAAAAAACAGAAGUAUGGCUACAAUGGGAGUGGCCUGAUCGCACUGGUGGAAGUGAAAUCACUGGAUUUAUUGUUGAACAUCAAGAAGAAGGAACUACUGAUUGGGUCACCUUCAAAACUGUCAGCGACCCUGCCUGUCAUGUCACUGGACUUGUAGAAGGAAAGACCUACCGAUUCCGUGUAAAAUCCCAAAAUGCAAUUGGAAUUAGCCGACCAGAUACCAGUGUACCGAUCACUUGCCAGGAGAAGACUUUGGCACCAUCUAUUGAAGUGGACGUGAAGCUCAUUGAGGGGCUUACUGUAAAGGCUGGAACCACAAUCGUGCUUCCUGCAGUAAUGAAAGGAAUACCAAUUCCAACACCCAAAUGGCUAAGUGAUGGCAACGAGCUGAAAACAGAGGGCAAAUACAAGAUUGAUAUCGACGGAACUUCAACAGUUCUAAACAUUGCCGAUUCUGCAAGGAUUGACAGCGGAGAAUAUAUACUCACUGUUUCGAAUCCUGCUGGAAGCAAGUCAGUUGCUCUUCACGUAACAGUUCUUGAUCUUCCCGGUCCUCCGCUUGGACCUGUCAAUAUCCUUGAUGUCACUCCUGAUCACAUGACUAUCCAAUGGCGUCCACCUCAGGAUGAUGGUGGCACACCGUUGAUGAACUACAUUGUUGAAAAGAAGGAUGUGAAGAAGACAUGGGAGCCAUGGUCUGUUGUGAGUUCUGGAAGUACCAGCACCAAAGCUAAGGUGCCGCGUUUAGAGAAGGGCCGUGAAUAUAUUGUGCGCAUUCGUGCUGAGAACAAGAUUGGCAUUGGUGCUGCUCUUGAAACUCCUCCAACUGUUGCCAGGCAUAUGUUUAAUCCACCAGGUCCUCCAGGACCACCAACAUGUGCUGAUAUCACAGAAAAUGCCGUGACGUUGUCAUGGACGGCACCAGAAACUGAUGGUGGAAGUCCAGUUAGUGGCUACAUUGUGGAACGCAGGGAGAUGACCGGUAAAUGGAUUCGUGUGAAUAAAAUACCAGUCUUGGAUCUUCGCUAUAGGGUCUCUGGUCUCUUUGAGGGAAACGUCUAUGAAUUCCGCAUAUUUGCUGAAAAUGUUGCUGGUGUAAGUGAACCUUCCUAUCCUUCAGACCACAUGAAAGCCACACGCCCAAUUGCUCCUCCAGGACCGCCAAGUAACAUAAGACUGAAGGACUGGAGCAAGUCAUAUGCAGAUUUAGUGUGGAUCAAACCUAACAGAGAUGGUGGUAGCCCUGUUUUAGGCUAUGUUAUUGAAUGCCAGAAAUCCGGAUCUGCUCAGUGGGACAGAAUCAACAAAGACCUCAUCAAGCCAUGUGCAUUUAGAGUCCCAGGACUUGUUGAAGGCACAGAGUACAGAUUCCGUAUCAGAGCAUCUAACAAAGUUGGAGAUGGAGAGCCACGAGAGCUAACAGAGACGGUACUUGCCAAAGACAUUCUUGUUCCUCCAGAGGUUACUGUCGAUGUUGCUUGCCGCGACCUUGUAACAGUUCGGGCAGGACAGAUCAUUAGCCUUGUCACCCGAGUGAAAGGCAGACCCGAUCCUGAAAUCACAUGGACUAAGGAUGCGAGAGCUUUAGGCAGAGACAAGCGUACAGAGUUGAUUAACAACUUUCCACAUGUUGAACUCGUCAUUCAGGAUGCUGUCAGAGGAGAUUAUGGAAAAUAUGCAAUUCAUGCCAAAAACAGCAGUGGUUCAGCAAAUGCUACAAUCGUUGUUAAUGUUCUUGACAUUCCUGGAGCUUGCCAGAACCUGAAGGUUUCAUAUGCGACCAAGGAUUCCUGCAUGGUGUCUUGGGAAAAUCCAGAAGACAAUGGUGGCACUGAAAUUACAAAUUACAUAAUUGAGAGCCGUCAACCUAGUCAAAGGGGAUGGACGAUUAUUUCAUCCGAUUGCACCAAACGUGUUAUUAAGGCUCCACUUGUUGAGAACUGUGAAUACCUGUUCCGUGUUAGCGCCGAGAACAAAAUUGGUGCAGGGCCACCCACAGAAACAAAAACUGCAGUCCUUGCUGUGGACCCAGUUGGGAAACCUGGUGAGCCAGAGAAUUUCCAUAUUAGUGAAAUCGGAAAAACCUUCGUCUUUCUGAAAUGGAAGAAGCCAGAAUACGAUGGUGGAAGCCGCAACCUCGCCUAUCAUGUGGAAAAGAAACCGAAAGAAGCUGAAGAAUGGGAACGACUUCACAAAGGGGCUAUUAAAGAGACAUAUUUUAUGGCUGACAGAUGCAUAGAAAACCAAAUAUAUCAGUUUAGAGUACAAACAAAGAAUGAAGGAGGAGAGAGCAACUGGGUGACUACAGCUGAAGUUCUUGUUAAGGAGGAACUUGCAGUUCCUGAGAUACAUGUCAAGUUGGCUGGUGCUUUGGUAGUUAAAGCCGGAGAUUCUAUUCCAAUUGAGGCUGAGGUUAAAGGCAAACCACAUCCAGAUGUCAAAUGGGCUAAAGAAGGUGACACUGGAGACAUCAAUCGAAGUCCUCGACUACAGGUUGAAACUGGCACUAACUUCUCUAAAUUCCUGCUUACAAAUUCCAAGCGAUCAGAUACUGGAAAAUAUACUGUCACUGCAACUAAUGCUGCUGGAAGCUGUACUGCUGUAGCUAAAGUAAACGUUUUAGACCGACCUGGACCUAUUAGAAAUCUCAAGGUGUCAGGCAUCACUGUGGACAGAUGCAAGUUGGACUGGGAAGUCCCCGAGGAUGAUGGUGGAUGUGAAAUUUAUAACUACAUCAUUGAAAAAUGUGAGACAAAGAGAGGUGUCUGGUCAAUUUAUUCUUCUGCUGUUAUAAAAACAACUGCAAAUGUAACUCAUUUAACCGAAGGAAAUGAGUACAUCUUUAGGGUAAGGGCAGAGAACAAGAUGGGCACUGGACCUUCUGUACAAACCGAGUCUAUUAUUGCAAGGACCCAGUUCAGCAGACCUGGUGCACCGGAUGCACCUGAAGUGACCAAAGUUGCAAAAGAUGAAAUGACAGUUGUAUGGUGCUCUCCUGAUAAUGAUGGUGGAAAACCCAUCACUGGUUAUAUUCUCGAAAAGAAAGAAGAACAUGGAAUUAGAUGGACACCGGUUACUAAAUCUCUUAUUAGCGAUACAUGUUUGACUGUAACAGGAUUGUUGCCUAAUCAUGAAUACCAAUUUCGAGUAAAGGCUGAGAACGAGAUUGGAGUAGGUGAUGCAAGCAAACCAUCCAGAACAUAUACUGCAAAAGAUCCUGUUGGGCCUCCUGGUCCUGUUGAAAACUUAAAGGUGACUGAUAGUACAAAGACAUCAAUUACUCUUGGAUGGACAAAGCCUACACAUUUUGGAGGUGCUCCACUCAUUGGGUAUGUAGUUGAGCUCCGAGCCAAGGGUACAGGCAAGAAGGGAGAUGAAGGAUGGAAGAGGUGCAACGUUGCUGCCCAGUUAAGUGGAACAGAGUUCACAGUCACAAGCCUGGAUGAGACACUUUUAUAUGAAUUCCGUGUUUCUGCGCAAAACCAGAUUGGUUUAAGCCAACCAACUAAUCUUGAGGGACUUGUUUCUCCACGAGAGAUAUUUGAGGCCCCUGAAGUUUCUUUGGAUGCUGAGCUUAAGAAAGGUCUUACUGUUAGAGCUGGCUGCCCAAUAAGAAUAGUUGCAACUGUCAGGGGACGCCCACCUCCUAGGGUGCAGUGGAGAAGAAUGGGACUCGAUAACGUGGUCAAGAAGGGUCAUGUGGACCUCAUUGACACAAUGACAUUCCUUGUCAUCCCUGAUACCACCCGUGAUGACUCAGGCAAAUACUCACUGACUGUAACAAGCUCAGCGGGGGAAAAAGCUGUAUUUAUAAAUGUUAAAGUACUUGACACACCUGGACCAGUUGUUGGUCUGGAGGCCACAGACAUCACAACAGUAUCUUGCAACCUGUCAUGGUCCCCACCUGAAAAUGAUGGUGGCAGUCAAGUAACUCAUUAUAUUGUUGAAAAGCGUGAAAUCGAUCGCAAGACUUGGGCAACAGUUAAAUCUAAUAUUGAGAAAACAACCUUUCAAGUCAGCAAUCUUGUACCAGGAACUGAAUAUAAUUUCAGAGUUACAGCAGUGAAUGAGUAUGGUCCAGGGGUUCCAAAUGCCACACAGAGAUCAUAUCUUGCUUCUGACCCUAUCAGUAAACCUGACCCACCACAAAAAGUUGACGUUUUGGAGAUUACUAAAAACAGUGCUAAGGUGGGCUGGGUGAAGCCAAUGAGGGAUGGUGGAGCUAAGAUUGAUGGCUACAUUAUUGAAUACCUUGAGAUUCCUGAGCCCAAAAUUAGGGAACCAGUGGUAGCUGAAACUGCGGUGGAGCCUGGUGCUGAGCCUGCGCCCCCACCACCACCACCAGUAGUGAAGGAGGAGGAAGUAAAGGAGGAAAAGAAAGAAUGGACACCAUAUACCACUGUUAAAGAUCUAUUUAUCUCUGUUGCGGGCCUGAAGGAGGGAAGGAAAUAUCGCUUCAGAGUAGCUGCACGCAAUGCCAUGGGUGCUAGUAUUCCCACUGAAACCAAAGAAGCAUAUGAGAUUAAAGAACAAAUGUUGGAACCCAAGGUUGUCAUGCCGGAGCUUGUCACUGCAAAAGCAGGGGCAAAAGUAAGAGUUGAGGCUCUGGUAUCGGGCAAACCAGCACCUGUGUGUCAGUGGAAGCGAGGAGAAGAUAACGUGGUCUCCUCAAGCCGCCUGGCAGUACACAAAUCCCAGAACAUGUGUGUUCUCAUCAUCAAAGAUGUCUCAAGGACAGAUAGUGGUCAAUAUAGCCUUGUGGCAGAAAACAGCACAGGAAAGGUGGAACAAGAGUUGAAAAUUGUCAUUAAAGAUAUUCCUGGACCACCUCAGCCACCGUUUGAAAUUAGUGACAUUGACUCAGAUGCCUGCACACUGUCUUGGGACAAACCACUUGAAGAUGGUGGUAGCAAUAUCACUAACUACAUGGUUGAGAAAUGUGAUGUGAGCAGAGGGGAUUGGGUUACUGCUGUUUCUAGCUGUGGCAAGACGGGUUGUCGACUUGGAAAACUUGUUCCUGGAAAGGAAUACAUGUUCCGUGUUCGUGCAGAGAACCGUUUUGGAAUUUCUGAGCCCAUUACAUCUGAGAGGAUGGUAGCUAAAUUCCCAUUUGAUGUUCCUGGAGAACCUUUGAACUGUCGCAUCACGAAAAUUAACAAGGACUGCAUGUUUGUGGCUUGGUCACAGCCUGAGUCAGAUGGUGGCAGUCCAGUUACUGGAUAUUACAUUGAGCGAAAAGAGAGGAAUAGUCUCUUGUGGGUUAAGGCGAAUGAUUCAGUUGUACGAACGACUGAAUAUCCUUGUGCUGGUCUAAUUGAAGGUUUGGAAUACACGUUCAGAGUAUCUGCUAUUAACCGCGCAGGACAGGGCAAACCAAGUGCAAAGACUGAAUUUUUCACUGCAAGAACACCAGUGGAUGCUCCAGGUAAACCAGAGGUACUUGAUGUAACCAAAAAUAAAGUCACACUGGUUUGGGCUAAACCAAAGCACGAUGGUGGAAGCAAGAUCAUUGGAUACUAUGUUGAAGCCUUGAAGGUUCCUGGAGACAAAUGGGUGCGAUGCAACACAAGCAGUCAGAACGUACCUCGGGAAGAAUACACUGUAUCUGGAUUAGAUGAGGGUGCCCAGUAUCAAUUUAGGGUUAUUGCAAAAACAGCCAUUAACCUUAGCAGGCCAUCUGAAGUCAGUGAUCCUAUUCUGGUGUCAGCAGAGAAUGUUCCUCCAAGAAUAGAACUAGCAAUACAGAUGAAGAAGAUGGUGCCACAGAAAGCCGGGUCAGACAUCUGCCUUGAAGCUGAAGUUUAUGGCAAACCGAUGCCAAAGGUUACAUGGAGCAAGGAUGGAAAUGUCUUGAGCAUGGAUAAGGACAUGAAGAUGACACAAAAGAGACACCUAUUUUGUCUAAACCUCCCUGCAGUCACAAAACUCCACACCGGGUUGUAUACCAUUCUCGCUGAAAAUGCAAGUGGCUCUAAGACAGCAGACAUACAGCUCACAGUUCUAGAUGUACCUGGCCCACCAGCCUCCAUCAAGUUAGAAGAGGUCCUUUCCGAUCGUGUAAAAUUGAGCUGGACACCUCCACUUGCAGAUGGUGGUUCACCGAUUACAAAAUACAUUGUGGAUAAGCGUGAGUUGAGCCGGGCUAAUUGGGCCCAGGUAUCUGCUAAAAUCGCUCGCGAUGCAACCGAGUUUUCCGUGGAAAGGCUGAUUAAGGGACAUGAAUACCAGUUCCGUGUACGAGCUGAAAACCGACUUGGAGUCGGCGAUGCCAUCCUCUCGGAUCCUGUUGUUGCUAAAGACCCUUUCACUGUUCCUGGACAAUGUGAUCCACCAAUCAUUACUAAUAUCACCAAAGAGAAAAUGACUGUAAGCUGGAAGGAACCUUCUGAAGAUGGCAACUCUACCAUUCUUGGAUAUAUUGUCGAGAAGCGUGAGAUCAAAGAAAUUAACUGGACCAAAGUGAAUAGGAAGCCAUUAACUGAACGAACACUUGAAGUUAGAGGUUUCUCAGAAGGGGCUCAAUAUGAAUUUAGAGUUGCUGCAGUUAACAGAGCUGGUCAAGGAAAGCCCAGUGACCCAUCCAAUGCUGCUGCUGCAGUUGAUCCUAUUCAUCCUCCUGGGCCUCCAAUUUCACCAAAGGUUACAGGCACAAGUAACAGCACUAUUAGCUUAUCUUGGACGAAACCUGCCAAUGAUGGUGGAAGUGAUAUUUUGGGAUAUCUAGUUGAAUGCAAGAGAGCAGAUACAAAAGACUGGAUUCGCUGCAAUGUCCCAAAGAACUUGCAGGACACACACUUUGUUGUCACUGGACUCUUGGAGAAAGCAGAAUAUCAACUACGUGUCAGUGCUGUGAACAAAGUUGGCUUUGGUCAGCCAUGUGAAGUUCCGGAUAAACAUGUUGCAAAGGAAGUCUUUGUUGCACCUGAGGCUGAACUUGACGCAAUUUUGAAGGAUACAUUGGUGCUUCAGGCUGGUGUUUCAAUGAAACUUCAUGCCAAAAUUAAAGGCCACCCUGUUCCAAAGGUCACAUGGGCCAAGAUGAGCACCAACAUAAAGGACAGACAGGGACUUGUUAUAAAAGUGACAGACACUGACACAACAGUUUUUGUCGAAAGAGUUAAUAGAUACGAUGCAGGAAAAUACAUUCUCAAUCUUGAUAAUGUCGGUGGCAUGAAGAUGUACACAAUUGUUGUUAAGGUUAUAGAUACCCCAGGCCCACCAUUAAACCUGAUGGUGAAAGAGACAACAAAGGACAGUACAUCUAUCACGUGGGAUGAACCUUUAAUAGAUGGUGGAAGUGAAAUUACAGGUUACAUCGUAGAAAAACGUGAUGCAGAGAGAAAAGCAUGGUCCAUGGUUUCCAGCUGUGACAAAAGAUUUUUCAAGAUUGAGGACCUGGAGCCUGGAAGAUCUUACUACAUUAGAGUCAAGGCCCAGAACAAGUAUGGUACUGGUGAGCCUGGUGAAACAGCAGAUGCUGUCAGAGCCACUGAACAACCUGGACCUGUUAUGGACUUCAAAGCUUUACUAGUAACUAAAGAUUCAUGCACUCUGUCUUGGAAGAAGCCAAUUAGUGAUGGUGGUAGUCGAAUAAUUGCAUAUGUGCUUGAAGUUCUUAAUGGUGAAAACAAAUGGAAAGAGCUUCUAAGAUCCAAGAGCAUGCAAUAUAGUGGUAAAGAUCUUGUUGAAGGCAAGGAAUACAAAUACAGGGUAUUGGCAACCAAUGAUUCAGGUGAUGGUCCAGUGAAGGAGCUCUCUAUUGUGGCAAAGGAUCUUAUUGUUCCUCCUAGCUGUGAUUUACGAGAUUUGCCAAACUUGAACUACAUCGCAAAAGAGGGAAGCACUGUGCGCCUUAAGAUCCCCAUUAUUGGCAAACCUGUUCCAACAGUCUCAUGGAAAAAGGGUGAAGAUGAAAAUUUGACUGACACCGGAAGAGUUUGUGUGGAAUCCACUGCUGUUAAUACAACUCUCUUUAUUCGAGACUGCCAGAGAAGUGAUGCUGGAAAAUAUACCAUUUCUCUUCGUAACACUGCGGGAUCCAAAGAAUCCGCUAUCUUUGUAAGAGUUGUUGGCAAACCAGGAAUUUGCACAGGACCAAUCAAGUUUAAGGAAGUAACAGCUGAUGGAGCUACCUUAAAAUGGGGUGCUCCUAAAGACGAUGGUGGAUCAGAGGUUACCAACUACAUUUUAGAGAAGCGUGAUUCCAUUACCAAUAUGUGGGUAACUGUUUCCUCUGCAGUGGAAACAAACAGCUAUAGAGUGGCUGGUCUCCAUGAAGGAACACAAUAUAUCUUUAGAGUUUCAGCAGAAAACAAAUAUGGAGUUGGAGAAGGUCUUAAAUCUGAAGCUAUGGUUGCCAAGCAUCCAUUCAAUGUCCCUGAUGCUCCAUCUGCUCCACAAAUCUUGAGUAUGCGUCAUGACUCUGCAACCUUGGCUUGGUCUGAUCCACGAAAAACGGGUGGUUCACCAAUUACAGGUUAUCAUGUGGAAUUCAAGGAAAGAAACAGCAUGUUAUGGAAAAGAGCUAACCCAGCACCUUUGAAAAUGAAAGACUUUAAAGUAAAAGGUUUAACUGAGGGCCUGGAAUAUGAGUUUAGAGUUAUGGCUAUAAAUCUAGCUGGUGUUGGUAAGCCUAGUCCUCCAACUGAGCCAAUGGUUGCCUUGGAUCCUAUUGAUGCUCCUGGUAAACCUGAUGUUAUUAGCAUCACAAAAAGUACAGUAACACUUCAAUGGACCGAACCUCAAUAUGAUGGUGGACACAGGCUUACAGGUUACAUUGUUGAGAGACGUGACCUUCCUGCCAAGGUCUGGGUCAAAGCCAACCCUGUAAAUGUUGUGGAGUGUGCAUAUACUGUGGACAACUUGCAGGAGGGUUGCAAGUAUGAAUUCAGAAUCAGAGCCAAGAAUGCAGCUGGAGCAAUAAGUCCACCAUCUGAACAAACAGAUACUCUUGUAUGCAUGGAUGAAUAUGUGGCACCAUCCAUUAUUAUUGACCCCUUGGUGAAGGAAGGGCUUAUAGUCAGAGCUGGAGACACAAUAGUAAUUACAGCAACAAGUAUUUUAGGCAAACCUGCCCCAAGUUCAGUGUGGUCUAAAGGAGGAAAGUAUUUCAAGCCAUCAGAUAUAUGCCAGAUUGAAACUACUCCUUCAUCCUCAACUCUAUCUAUCAAAUAUGCAAGCAGAAAGGAGUCCGGGGAGUAUACUAUUACAGCAAGCAAUCCAUUCGGGGUCAAAGAAGAGAAUGUCAAAGUAACAGUGUUGGAUGUUCCUGGGGCUCCAGGACUGAUUGAAACAAGUGGCAUAUCAUCUGAAAAGGUUACUUUGGCCUGGGCACCACCUAGUGAAGAUGGCGGAUCUCCAAUUCAGUAUUACCUUAUAGAAAAGAGGGAGACAAGCCGUCUACUAUGGACCAUUCUUGCCGAAAAAGUUAUUGACUGCCAUUUUGUUGCAAAUAAACUAAUCCAAGGAAAUGAAUACGCAUUCCGAGUAGCAGCUGUCAACAAUACUGGAGUUGGUGAUUUUUCAUAUUCAGAACCUGUUAAAAUGGUGGAUAAUUAUGGUCCCCCAGGCCCUCCAGGAAGACCAGAUGUGGAAAAUAUUGGAGGCAGUACUGCUACAAUUAAAUGGAAGAGACCAGCUGAUGAUGGAGGCAGUGAUAUCACAGGUUACAUAGUUGAGAAAAAGGAAAGAAAGGGUGUAAAGUGGACGAAAGCUUCAAAGAAGACUGUACCUGAUCUUCAAUUUGAAGUGCAGGGUCUCACAGAAGGAGUAGAGUAUCAAUUUAGAGUAACUGCUGAGAACAAAGCUGGUAUUGGGGAACCCAGUGAGCCAUCAAUAACUGCUAGAACAAAGGUCAUUGCUGAUGUACCCGGACCCCCAGUCAACCCAAGAGUCAAUGACACAACCAGAACCACAGCUGAACUGCUUUGGGGCAAACCGUUAAAUGAUGGUGGCAUGCCUGUUACAGGAUACACUGUUGAGCACAAAAGGGAUGGAGAAGAGACAUGGGUGAAGGAUACAACUACACCUUUAUUGAUCACAGAAUUUGUUGUUCCAAACUUGGAGACGGGAGCCAAGUAUCAUUUUAGAAUAAGUGCCAUGAAUGCAAUGGGACUUGGGGAAGCAGCACAAACAGUCGACGCUACUGAAAUUAUUGAACGUGAAGUAAUUCCUGACCUGGAACUUGAUGCGGAAUUGAGAAGAACACUAGUUGUCAAAGCUGGAGGCUCUAUUCGUAUAUUUGUUCCAAUUAAAGGCCGUCCAACUCCAUCUGUAACUUGGACAAAGGAGGAGACUGCGCUUAAAACCCGUGCAAACAUUGACACUACAGAGUCUUAUACUCUUUUAGUCAUUCCGGAUUGCAACAGACAUGAUGCUGGAAAAUAUGACUUAACAUUAGAAAAUGCUGCUGGAAAGAAGACUGCCUAUGUAAAUGUGAGGGUUUUGGACUCCCCUGGGCCUCCUAUCAAUCUUAAACCAAAAGCCAUUGACAAAGAAAGUGUUACACUUCAGUGGGAACUACCUCUCAUUGAUGGUGGUUCAAAGGUUACUAAUUAUAUCAUUGAGAAAAGAGAGGCAACUCGCAAAGCCUAUGCUACUGUAAUUUCAAAUUGUCCCAUGUGUUCAAUAAGAAUUCCAAAUUUGUCAGAAGGGUCCGAAUAUUACUUCAGAGUAUUUGCAGAAAAUGAAUUCGGAAUUGGUGAAGCGGUAGAAACCCUUGAUCCAAUCAGAGCAUCUCAGGCACCAAGUCCCCCAGAAACAGUCACAGUUACUGAAGUCACGAAAAACACAGCAAGUCUUGCAUGGACCAAACCAAAACAUGAUGGUGGAAGCAGAAUAACUGGGUAUGUUGUGGAGGCUCAGAAAAAAGGAACAGACCAGUGGGCUCAUGUGACCACUAUAAAGUCAUUAGACUAUACUAUAAAGAAUUUAAAUGAAAAUGAGGAGUAUGUUUUCCAUGUCAUGGCUGUUAAUUUAUCAGGCAGAAGCCAUCCUCGUGCAAGUAAGCAUGUUGUGAUAAGAGAACAAAGCACAGUCCCAGAAUUUGACUUGCGGGGUCUCUGCCGGAAGACAGUAAUAGCAAAGGCUGGAGAUGACAUAAAGGUUGAGGUACCCAUAACUGGGCGUCCUAAACCAACUGUAACCUGGCAGAAAGACCAUAAAGCUCUCAAGUUAACACAAAGGACAAUGAUUGAAAAUACCUCUACUUCAACUAUCUUGAUUAUAAAUGAAUGUUUGAGAAGUGACACUGGAGUGUAUACAAUUACAGGGAAAAACAUAGUUGGUUCAGUUACUGAUAAUAUCAUAAUCAAAGUGCAUGAUGUCCCUGGACCACCUAGGGGACCAAUCGUCUUAGACAAAAUAUCCCGUGAUUCCAUUCAGUUCUCAUGGGAUUCCCCUGAAAAUGAUGGAGGUGUACCAAUCAAUAACUACGUCAUUGAAAUAAGAGAAACCACCAAUCAGAAUUGGACAGAACUGUCUUCAAUGGUCAUUCGAACAACGUUCAAAGCAACUCAUUUAACAACAGGAGUGGAAUACCAAUUCCGUGUAAAGGCUAAAAACAGAUAUGGUGUAGGACCUCCAAUUACCUCAGAGGCCAUAGUUGCAGCUUAUCCAUUUAAGGUUCCUGGACCGCCAGGCACUCCCAAUGUUGUCAAAUUCACAAAAGACACAAUGACAAUUGGCUGGAAUGAGCCAGUUAAUGAUGGAGGAAGUGAAGUUAUUGGAUACCACGUUGAAAGAAAAGAGAGGAAUAGCAUUAUCUGGCAUAGAAUUAGCAAAACUCUUGUGGUCGGAAACCUUUUCAAAACAACCGGACUGGAGUCUGGCACUGCAUAUGAGUUCCGUGUAAUGGCUGAAAAUGUAGCUGGAAUUGGGAAGCCAAGCAAAGUAUCUGAACCCAUACUUGCUCUUGAUCCAGUGGAUCCACCUGGUCAGCCUAUACCAAUCUAUGUGUCUAAAAAUGCAAUUACAAUUCAGUGGACAAAGCCAGAAUAUGAUGGAGGUUUCAAGAUUACGGGAUAUAUUGUGGAAAAGAGAGAUCUGCCUUCUGGACGCUGGAUAAGGGCCAACUUCACAAACAUUAUUGAAACUACCUUUACUGUUAGUGGUUUAACCAAUGAUGCAUCUUACGAAUUCCGUGUAUUUGCUAGGAAUUCAGCUGGGGCAUUAAGCAAACCAUCAGAUGCAUCAGAUCCAAUCAUUUGUAAAGAUGACAUUGAAGAACCAAAAAUUACGGUUGAUGCCAAGUUUAAGGAUGUUGUCUUUGUUAGGGCAGGAGAUGUCUUCAAACUUGAUGCUGAUGUUGCAGGCCAGCCGCUACCAUCAAUGGCUUGGACCAAAGAUGGAAAGGACAUUGAACUCUCAUCUAAACUACAUAUAAAAAUGACAGACCUCACUGCUUCUUUGGUUAACAAGGACUCUCUUAGAAAAGAUGGAGGUCAGUUUGUUCUGACAGCAACCAACGUGGGUGGAUUUGCUAAACAUAUAUUCACUGUUAAAGUCCUUGAUAAACCAGGGCCACCUAGAGGACCUCUUAUGGUUUCAGAUAUCACAGCAGAAAAAUGCCUGCUUAAAUGGGCACCACCUGAAGAUGAUGGUGGGGCGAACAUUGAACACUAUGUAAUUGAAAAACGUGAGUCAAGCAGACUUGCUUGGACAAAUGUGGCAGAAGACUUGCAAGUUACGCAGUACCAGGUAACAAAAUUGCUCAAAGGAAAUGAAUACAUUUUCAGAGUCAUGGCUGUUAAUAAGUAUGGAGUUGGGGAAGCUCUUGAGUCGGACCCAACAAUUGCAGACAACCCAUAUGUUCCACCUGAUCCUCCACAAACGCCAGAGAUCACAGCUGUUACAAAGGAUUCAAUGGUGCUUUGUUGGGGAGCUCCUGCAAAUAAUGGUGGAAGUGAAAUCACUAACUAUAGCAUCGAGAGAAGAGACAGAAUUGGUUUACGCUGGGUGAAAUGUAACAAGAAGAAGGUAACUGACUUACAUUUGAAAGUUGUCGGACUUGUUCCAGGGCAUGAAUACGAAUUCAGAGUUUUUGCAGAAAAUGUAGCUGGAAUAAGUGCACCAAGUCCCUCAAGUCCCUACACAAAAGCAACAGACGCAGUGUUCAAACCAGGCCUACCUGGAAACCCAAGGAUCCUGGACACAACAAGUUCCUCCAUCACACUUGCCUGGAAUAAACCAUUGUAUGAUGGUGGCUCUGAAAUCACUGGAUACAUUGUUGAAACCUGUAUACCUGGAACCGAAGAGGAGGAAUGGAGAAUUGUCACUCCGAAAGAGGGGCUAAAAGCAACAUUGUUUACUAUAACAAAUCUUAAAGAGAAUCAGGAAUACAAAAUAAACAUCUCAGCCGUUAACAGUGAGGGUAUUGGAGAAGCAGCAUCUGUUCCUGGUUCACCUAAAGCUGAAGAGAGACUCUUACCACCAGAAAUUGACCUUGACGCUGAUCUUCGUAAGGUUGUGAACAUUAGAGCUUGUAACACUUUAAGGCUCUUUGUGCCAAUUAAAGGAAGGCCAAGUCCAGAAGCCAAAUGGUCAAGAGAGAAUGAUGAACCUUUGGAUAGAGCUACAAUCGAAAAUACAUCAUCUUUCACAUCCUUAGUAGUGGGAAAUGUUAAUAGAUUUGACAGUGGUAAAUAUAUUUUGACUGUGGAGAACAGCUCCGGAAGCAAAUCUGUCUCUGUGACUGUUAGAGUUCUAGAUACUCCUGGUGCACCACAAAACCUACAAAUAAGCAAUGUUACCAAAGAAUCUGUCUCGCUUGUAUGGGAUCCACCACUAAAUGAUGGUGGUACAAAGAUUAAGAACUACAUUGUUGAGAAGCGUGAGGCAACAAGAAAGGCCUAUGCAACAGUUAAUGCUAACUGUCAUAAAACAUCAUGGACUGUUGAUCAACUUCAAGAAGGAUGCAAUUACUACUUCAGAGUACUGGCAGAGAACGAGUAUGGCAUUGGUCUUCCUAUCGAAACCAUUGAAUCAGUGAAAGUAUCAGAAAAACCACUUCCUCCAGGAAAAAUUACACUGCAGGAUGUGACAAAAACAAGUGUCACAUUGUCAUGGGAGAAACCCGAACAUGAUGGAGGAAGUAGAGUGAUUGCAUAUGUUGUAGAGAUGCAAAGAAAAGGCAGUGAAAAAUGGACACAAGCCUUGAUAGUCAAAGUACCAGAGGCCAUUAUUAAUGGGCUUACUCAUGGUGAAGAGUACAUGUUCCGUGUUUCAGCUAGAAAUGAAAAAGGGACCAGUGAUCCUCGCCAACUUGGUGUUCCAGUGAUUGCCAAAGACCUUGUAAUUGCCCCGUCUGCCAAAAUGUUAUUUUCAACAUUUAGUGUUCUUGCUGGUGAAGAUUUGACAUUAGAUAUUCCAUAUAUUGCUCGUCCCCAAGCUGCAGUUUCCUGGGUAAAGGAUACCACACCGUUGAAGCAAACAAGUCGGGUUAACUUCUCUUCCACAGACAACCAACUGUAUCUUGUAAUCAAAGAGGCGUGUAGAGAUGAUGUUGGCCAGUAUAGCAUUAAACUUUCAAACACAGCUGGUAACACAACAGUGAAUAUAGGAGUAGUUGUCCUUGAUAAACCUGGCCCACCAGUUGGCCCAGUGAAAAUUGAAGAAGUAACAGCUGACAGUGUCACUAUUUCAUGGAAACCACCAGAGUAUAAUGGUGGCUGCACCAUUAAGAACUACCUGGUGGAGAAAAGAGAGACAUCCACAACAAACUGGGUAGUUGUUGCAGGAAAUCUAGCCAGAACCAAGGUUAAAGCUGGAAGACUAAAAACAGGAACAGAAUAUCAAUUUAGAAUCACAGCUGAGAACAGAUACGGCAAAAGUCCUCUGCUUAUCUCAGAGUGUGUAAUUGCGCAGUACCCAUAUAAGCUUCCAGGACCACCUGGAACACCAUUCAUUCAUUCUUCAACCAAAGACAGUAUGGUUGUGGUGUGGAAUGAGCCAGUUAUUGAUGGAGGAAGCACAAUUCUGGGUUACCAUCUUGAACGUAAAGAGAGAAACAGCAUUCUCUGGGUCAAGCUUAAUAAGAGAAUAAUCCAAGACACAACUUACAAGACCACAGGUCUUGAGGAAGGCCUUGAAUAUGAAUUUAGAGUGUAUGCUGAGAACAUUGUUGGCAUCGGAAAGGCAAGUAAAAUAUCAGAGGGACAUGUUGCUCGAGAUCCUUGUGAUCCUCCUGGUACACCCGAGGCAGCUAAAAUUACAAAGAAUUCCAUCACAAUCACCUGGACUAAACCCGAAUAUGAUGGUGGAAGCAAGGUAACAGGCUAUAUUGUUGAAAAGAAAGAAUUGCCUGAAGGACGCUGGCUGAAGGCAAAUUUUACCAAUGUUAUUGAAACAGAGUAUAGUGCGACAGGUCUCACAGAGGACAAGAAAUAUGAGUUUCGGGUAAUUGCAAGAAAUGCUGCAGGAGUUUUUAGUGAUCCAUCAUAUAGCACAGGACCCAUUACUGCAAAGGACGAGAUUGAACCCCCUCGCAUCAGCAUAGACCCACAGUACUCACAGGCAAUUGUUGUAAAUGCUGGAGAAUCAUUUAAGAUUGAUGCAGAUGUACAUGGAAAACCAGAACCAACAAUUCAUUGGAUGAAGGAAGGUCAAGAACUUGGAAACACCAUACAUCGUGAAAUUAAAAACACUACCAGUUUUGCAUGCGUGGCUGUAAAAGAAGCUAAGCUUGUUGAUGGCGGCCAGUACACUCUGCUCCUAAGAAAUCCAGGUGGUGAGAAAGCUGUCCAAGUCAAUGUCAUUGUUCUAGAUAAACCUGGGGCAGCAGAGGGUCCCAUAUCCAUUACAGGGGUUACUAGUGAACAGUGUUGCCUUGCAUGGAAACCUCCAAAACAGGAUGGUGGAAGCCCAAUCACUCAUUACAUUGUUGAAAGAAGAGAGACAAGCCGACUCAUAUGGACCCUUGUUGAGCCCAAAGUUCAAGCUGUAACUUUGAAAGUAACAAAACUUCUUGAAGGCAACGAAUAUAUUUUCAGGGUUUUGCCAGUGAAUAAGUUUGGAGUUGGUGAAGCACUUCAGUCUGACCCAGUUCUUAUGAAGGAUCCAUUUAUGCUUCCAGAUGCCCCAAAAGCAAUAGAGGUCUCCAAUAUCAAGAAAGACUCAAUGGUAUUAAGUUGGGAGGCACCUUCAAGUGAUGGUGGCACUCCUAUCACUGGAUACAUAAUUGAAAAACAUGACAAAGAGGGUGUUCGAUGGAUCAGAUGCAACAGGAAAACAGUCACAGACCUAACUUUUAAAAUUACUGGUCUCCUUGAGGCCCACCUCUAUGAGUUUAGAGUUGCAGCUGUAAAUGCUGUUGGGAUUGGAGAGCCUAGCUCAGCAACAGCAUUCAUUAAGGCUGUGGAUCCUGUUUUCAAGCCAGGUCCUCCAAAUAAUCCUAAGGUAAUAGACACAACCAAAUCAUCUGUGUCACUUGUAUGGGGGAAACCUAUUUAUGAUGGUGGAUGUGAAAUCCAGGGAUAUAUUGUUGAGUCGUGUGAGGUAAAACCAGGAACAGAGGUCGUAAAACCUGCUCAGGAAGGUGAAGUUGCAGAGGAGGUGGCUGAACAAUGGACAAUGUGCACCCCAGCAACUGGUGUCAAGUUAACAAGUUUUACUGUAGAAAAUCUUAAAGAAAAACAGGAAUACAAGUUUAGGGUAUGUGCAGUUAACAAGGUUGGAGUUGGCGAGCAUGCAGAUGUUGCUGACCAUGUUCAACCAGAAGAUAAGACAGAGGAGCCAGAUCUUGAUAUUGAUCCUGAGUUUAGAAAGAUUGUAAGUAUUAAAGCUGGAGGUUCUUUCCGAAUUUUUGUUCCUAUCAAAGGACGUCCUAUACCACAAAUUAAAUGGGAGAAGGAUGACUGCCCCAUUAAAGAGACUGCACAAGUUGAAGUCACAAGUGGACACACUUCUCUUGUGAUUGAUAAAGUAAAUAGAAAUGAUAGUGGAAGAUAUACAGUGAUUGCAGAAAACUCAUCUGGUGUGAAGUCUGCGACCAUCAUUUUGAAAGUUCUUGAUACCCCUAGUGCCCCAGUUAAUCUAAAAAUUGAGGAAAUUACACGAGAAUCCGUCACCCUUUCAUGGGAACCUCCUGCUUUGGAUGGAGGUGCUAAGAUAAAGAAUUACAUUGUUGAAAAGCGUGAAACCACACGGAAAACUUUCUCUGCUGUUGUAACAAAUUGCCAUAAGUUGUCAUGGAAAAUCGAGCCACUUCAAGAGGGCUGUUGUUACUAUUUCAGAGUCCUUGCAGAGAAUGAGCAUGGUAUUGGAAUACCUGCAGAUAUUACUGAUCCUCUGAAAGUAUCAGAAGUUCCACAAUGCCCUGGAAAAUUAAGUGUUGUAGAUGUUACCAAAAAAAGUGUCUCUCUUGCUUGGGAAAAACCACUGCAUGAUGGUGGCAGUAGAAUUCUUCAAUACCUUGUUGAAAUGCAAGUAAAAGGAAAUGAAAAAUGGUCUGGUUGUGCAAAUGUAAAAACUUUAGAGGCUGUUAUAAGUAACUUGAACUCAGGUGAGGAGUACUCUUUCAGAGUUAUUGCUGUUAAUGAGAAAGGAAAGAGUGACCCAAGAACCCUUGCAGUCCCAGUACAAGCAAAGGAUCUGGUUAUUGAACCUGAUGUUCGUCCUGUAUUUAACAAUUACAGUGUUCUUGUUGGAAAAGACCUGCAAGUUGAAAUUCCAAUUUCUGGACGUCCUAAACCAAAGGUGACAUGGAUAAAGGAUGGUGAAUCGCUUAAGUUCACAACAAGAGUGAACAUUUCAAAUACACCCCAUAGUACAAUUCUUAGCAUUAAAGAAGCUGCAAGAGAGGAUGGUGGCAUGUAUGGAAUUAAUGUCUCAAAUAUUCUUGGGCAAAAGGAUGCAACAGUUGAAAUUAUCACUCUUGACAAACCAGGUCCACCAACUGGCCCUGUAAAAUUCCUUGCGGUCACAGUAUCAAGUGUUACACUGUCAUGGGAACCACCAAAGUACACUGGUGGUUGCCCAAUUUCAAAUUACAUUGUACAAAAGAGAGACACAACUACUAGCACAUGGGAGAACGUUGCAGUUUCUUUAGCAAGGACAACAUUAAAGGUCGCUAAGCUGAAAACUGGGGCAGAGUAUCAGUUCAGGAUAAUUGCGCAAAACAGAUAUGGCAAAAGCUAUGGAUUAGAUUCGCCAGCUGUUGUUGCCCAGUACCCAUACAGAGAACCAGGCCCACCUGGUACUCCAUUUGUGUCAUCUCUGUCAAGAGAUCACAUGGUUGUUGAGUGGAACGAACCUGUUUCUGACGGAGGCAGCAGCGUUAUUGGAUAUCACCUUGAAAGAAAAGAGAGGAACAGUAUCGUUUGGACAAAGAUAAACAAGACCUUGAUUAAAGAAACAAAAUUUAAAACCAGUCCUUUGGAAGAAGGAGUGGAAUAUGAGUUUAGGGUCUAUGGUGAAAAUAUUGUUGGCAUUGGGCGGUGCAGCAAAGUCUCAGAGGUUUAUGCAGCCCGUGAUCCAUGUGAUCCUCCUGGCACUCCAGAAGCAGUUCAUGUUAGCAAGAAUUCAUUAACAAUACAAUGGACAAAACCAGAAUAUGAUGGAGGAAGUGUGAUAACUGGCUAUACUGUUGAGAAACGUGACCUGCCAGAGGGACGUUGGGUGAAAGCUAGUUUUACAAAUGUAAUUGAAACCCAAUUUACUAUUACUGGGCUUACAGAGGGAGCUAAAUAUGACUUUAGAGUAUUUGCCAAAAAUGCUGUUGGCACCAUUAGCAAGCCAUCUUUUAACAGUGGACCUAUUGCUGCAUUGGACGAAGUGGAGCCACCAAAGUUUUCAAUCGAUCCUGAAUAUACACAGACAAUUACUAUAAAUGCUGGUGAUACAUUCAAACUUGAUGCAGAUGUCCAUGGCAAACCAGUACCUACAAUGCAGUGGUUCAAGGAUGAUAAGAAACUUGAAAACACAAUGAGAUGUGAGGUCAAAAAUACUGAUACCAGGGCUAUCAUUGUCUUAAAGGAUGCACUCAGACAUGAUGGUGGACAGUAUAUUCUUCUUUUGACCAAUGUUGCUGGCUCACAAACUGUUUCUUACCAAGUUAAAGUACUUGACAAACCCAGUUCACCAGAAGGACCUCUGAAAGUCACAGGUGUAUCAAGUGAUAAAUGUACUCUGUCAUGGCGCCCCCCACAACAUGAUGGAGGAAGCCCUAUCUCUCAUUACAUUAUUGAAAGACGUGAAACAAGCCGCCUUGCUUGGACCAUUGUCUCUGGUGUUUGUAAAGCCACAAUACUUAAAGUGACAAACCUUCUUGAAGGCAGUGAAUAUGUCUUCCGUGUCAUGGCUGUCAACAGCUAUGGUGUAAGUGAGGCAAUAAAUUCUCCAUCUGUAAUUAUGAAGAAUCCAUUUGUAGCCCCCGGAUCACCACAAAUUCUGGAGGUGACUAACAUCACCAGGGAUUCUAUGACAGUGUGCUGGAGUGCACCAGAGAACAAUGGUGGAAGUGAAAUUGUUGGCUAUAUCAUUGAAAAGAAAGACCGUUCUGGAAUUAAGUGGACCCGAUGCAACAGACAAAAAGUCACUGAUGUAUGUUUCAGAGUGCAAGGCCUCAUAGAGGAUCAUGAGUAUGAGUUCAGAGUGUCAGCUGAAAAUGCAGCUGGAAUUGGUGAACCCAGCUUACCUACAUCAUACUACAAAGCUUGUGAUCCUAAAUUUAAACCUGGCCCCCCCACAUAUGCCCACGUAAUUGACACCACAAAGAGCUCAAUUUCAGUAGCAUGGGGAAAGCCUCUUAAUGAUGGUGGAAGCACUAUUCAAGGAUACAUUGUUGAGAUAUGCAAAGCUGAGGAGGAUGAAUGGACUAUGUGUACUCCACCAACUGGUCUGCGUGUUAACAAGUUUGAAAUAACAAAUUUAACAGAGAAACAGGAGUAUAAGAUUCAGGUGUGUGCCAUUAAUAAAUUAGGUGUGGGUGAGCCUGCAGUUAUUUCCGAGCCUGUAAAACCAGAGGACAAACUUGAAGCUCCUGAAAUUCAUCUUGAUUCAGAGUUGAGGAAAGGUAUAGUUGUUCGUGCUGGAGGAUCAUUUAGAAUCAAUGUGCCUUUCAAGGGAAGACCAACGCCAGAGAUUAAAUGGACUAAGGAUGAAGGGGAUUUGUUAGAGAAGGCCAUAGUUGAGAGAGGCCUAAAUUUCACACAGCUUUCAGUUGACUCAUGUGACAGAAAAGAUUCUGGAAAAUAUAAUGUGUCCCUUAAUAACAGCAGUGGAACUGCAAGUGAAUGUGUGUCAGUAAAGGUUUUAGAUACACCUGGAGCUCCACUUAACCUAGUGGUAAAAGAUAUUAAGAAAGACUCUGUUACACUUGUUUGGGAUCCACCACUUAUUGACGGUGGUGCAAAAAUAAAACAUUAUGUUGUUGAUAAGCGUGAAUCGACAAGGAAAGCGUAUGCUAAUGUUACAACAAAGUGUAGCAAGACAAGUUUCAAGGUGGAAAAUCUUGCUGAGGGGGCGCUAUACUACUUUAGAGUUAUGGCCGAAAAUGAAUAUGGAAUUGGUCUACCAGUUGAAACCAAGACGGCAUCUAAGGCUUCUGAAGUUCCUCUAUCAGUAGGAAAGAUCCUGUUGACCGAUGUUACCAAAGUAAGUGCAUCUCUAGCCUGGGAGAAACCAGAGCAUGAUGGUGGAAGCAGGAUUGUAGGCUACUUGAUAGAAAUGCAGCCAAAGGGAACAGACAAGUGGGGUGUAGCAACUUCUGUUAAAACAUGUGAAGGCACUGUAACUGGGUUAACUGCUGGUCAUGAAUAUUUGUUCCGGGUUCUUGCUUAUAACGAGACAGGAAAGGGUGAGCCAAAACUUCUUGCUGUUCCUGUUAUUGCCAAUGAUAUUACCAUUGAACCAAGCCUAAAAGUACAGUUUAGUACAUACAACGUCAAAGCUGGCAAGGAUCUUAAAUUGGAAAUACCUGUAUUUGGACGUCCCAAGCCAAAGGUUGCUUGGAUGAAGGAUGGAGAAUCUCUGAAAGUGACAUCAAGAAUCAGUACCUCAAACACCCCAACAUCUGCAAUUCUACAAAUUACUGAAGCCUCUAAGAAUGACUUUGGAAAGUAUACAAUUAGUGCAACAAACAGCACUGGUACCAUUACAGAAGAAAUAGGAAUCAUUGUUCUUGAUAAACCUAGUCCACCAACUGGACCUAUUCAAGUGAAUGAAGUAAGCAACAGCUUUGUAACAAUAUCAUGGGAACCCCCAUCUUACACAGGAGGCUGCCAGGUGAAGCAUUAUAUUGUUGAAAAGCGAGACACCACUACCACAACAUGGGAAGUUGUAGCUGGAUCAGUUGCCAGGACAUCUCUGAAAAUAACCAAGUUGAAAACUGGUGCUGAGUACCAGUUUAGAGUCAUUGCUGAAAACAGAUAUGGUAAGAGUUCUUCUUUGGAGUCAAAGGCAAUUGUGGUUCAAUAUCCAUACAAACCUCCUGGACCACCUGGAACUCCCUAUGUAAAAGCUGCCAGCAAGGAUCAAAUGAUAAUUGAGUGGAAUGAGCCUGUCAUUGAUGGUGGAAGCUCAGUAAUUGGCUACCAUCUGGAAAGCAAAGAACGGACAAGUAUUUUAUGGACAAAGUUGAACAAAACUCUCAUUACUGACACUGUGUUUAAGAUAUGUAAUCUUGAGGAAGGAAUUGGCUAUGAAUUCAGAGUUUAUGCUGAGAACAUUGUUGGUAUUGGCAGAGUGAGCAAAGUUUCAGAGAGUUUUGUUGCUCGGGAUCCAUGUGAUCCACCUGGUACUCCAGAAGCGAUUUCUAUUUCAAAGAACCAAGUGGUAAUACAAUGGACAAAACCUCAAUAUGACGGUGGCAGCAAAGUGACAGGAUACAUUGUUGAAAAGAGAGACUUGCCUCAAGGCCAUUGGAUGAGGGUCAACUUUACCAACGUGAUUGAGACUGAUUUCACCAUUACUGGCUUAACAGCAGACCAACAGUAUGAAUUCAGAGUCAUAGCAAGAAAUGCUGCUGGUAUGUUCAGCGAGGCUUCUGAAAGCACUGGUCCAAUUACUAUGACAGAUGAAAUUGAACCUCCAACUGUUUCAAUGGAUCCUAAGUACCAGGAUGUCAUUGUUGUUAAUGCUGGAGAGAAUUUAGUUCUUGAUGGAGAUAUUCAUGGAAAACCCAUUCCUGAUGUCCAGUGGCUGAAAGAAGGAAAGGAAAUAUAUAAGACCCUGCGCACUGAAAUUAAAACAACACAGAAAUCUGCCUCUAUUACUGUCAAAGACUGCACACGUUUAGACAGUGGCCAUUAUGACCUUGUAUUAAGAAAUAGUGGUGGCACAAAAACCAUUCCCAUUACUGUAAGGGUCCUUGAUAGGCCAGGCCCUCCAACUGGACCACUAACUGUAACUGGUAUAAUGUCUGAUAGAUGUGAUGUCACUUGGACUGAGCCUUCUCAGGAUGGUGGUGCUAAUAUAACUCACUACAUCCUUGAGAAGAGAGAAACAAGCAGGUUAUCAUGGACUGUGGUGGACUCAAAUAUUCACACUACCAGUUACAAGGUGACAAAACUCCUGACAGGAGAUGAAUAUAUUUUCAGAGUUAUGGCUGUAAAUAAAUAUGGAAUCAGUGACCCCCUGAGUUCUGAGGCAAUAAUUGCUCGCAGUCCAUACAAGCCACCAAGUGCACCCUCAACACCUGAAGCAACUGAGAUAACAAAAGAUUCAAUGGUCAUCUCAUGGAAUGCCCCAGACAGUAAUGGAGGAACUGAUAUCAUUGGUUAUCACCUAGAAAAACAUGACAAAGAUGGUGUAAGAUGGACCAAGUGCAACAGACAGAAGCUUUCUGACUUGCACUUCAAAGUAACUGGUCUUUCUGAGGGACAUUUCUAUGAAUUCCGUGUGGCUGCAGAGAAUGCUUCUGGUGUGGGAGCACUAAGUGACUUAUCUUUAUUCUAUAGAGCAAUAAACGCAACAACUCCUCCUGGUCCACCACAUCAUCCUAAAGUAACAGAUUCUUCAACCUCUUCUGUGUCCCUGUCUUGGGGUAAGCCAGCUACAGAUGGUGGUGCAUAUAUCAAAGGUUACAUUGUUGAAAUGAAAGAGGCUUCUGCAGAAGAAUGGACCAUAUGUACACCUCCAACUGGUUUGCAAGCAACCUGCCUAACAGUUGAAAACCUUAAAGAAAAUGGGGAAUAUAACUUCCGGGUGUGCGCCAUUAAUUCGGAAGGAGUUGGUGAACCUGCUGAUGUUCAUGGCUCUGUAACUGCUGCUGAACGAAUUGAGACACCAGAGAUCGAACUUGAUGCAAAUCUUAGAAAAGUUGUCUCUGUUCGUGCAGGUGGAUCCCUCCGUCUGUUUAUUAAAAUUAGAGGUAGGCCUGAGCCAUCUGUCAAAUGGGAGAGAGAAGAGGGCGCUUUAACAGACAGAGCACUAAUUGACACUACAAGCUCAUACACCAUGCUUGUAAUUGACAAUGUCAAUAGAUUUGAUAGUGGAAAAUACAUUAUCUCGCUUGAGAAUAAGAGUGGCACAAAGUCAGCAUUUGUGAAUGUCAGGGUACUUGACACACCAAGUGCCCCACAGAAUUUUGAAGUUAAAGAAGUUAAAAAAGAUUCAGUUACUCUAUACUGGGAGCCUCCUCUUACUGAUGGUGGAGCCAAAAUAACCAAUUACAUAGUGGAAAAGCGAGAAUCUACACGAAAAGCUUACACAACUGUCACAAUCAACUGCACGCAGAACUUCUUCAAGAUAGAAGAACUUCAAGAGGGAGGAAUAUUCUACUUCCGAGUCUGUGCUGUUAAUGCGUAUGGCUUUGGUCUGAUGGCAGAAACCAAAAAUCCAGUUAAAGUUGCCCAGGCUCCCAUGUCUCCAGGAAAGGUGAAUCUUGUGGAUGUUUCCAAGAACAGUGUGACUCUUUCAUGGACAAAACCUGCACAUGAUGGUGGGAGCAAAGUUAUUUGCUACAAUGUAGAGACGCAGUCGAAAGGCACAGACAAAUGGGUUGCCAGCUGUACUGUGAAAGGUUUAGAGGCAACUGUGUCCAGCCUUACACCUAAUGAAACAUACACUUUCAGAAUAAUCGCAGUUAAUGAGAAAGGCAAAAGUGAACCCAAAGAACUUGGUGUGCCUGUUCGUGCAACAGACAUAGAAAUAGAGCCUUCAAUUAGUCUGCUCUUCAACACUUUCAGUGUUAAGGCUGGAGAUGACCUCAAUAUUGAAGUUCCAGUAAGAGGCAGACCUAAACCAGUGGUUUCAUGGAAAAAGGAUGACCUACCUCUUAAGCAAACAUCUUCCCUGUCUGUAAUUAAUACCACAGAAUCAAGCAAGAUUGUGAUCAAAGAAGCUUCUAUUGAGCAUGUAGGCAAAUAUGAACUCACCCUUGCUAAUACAGCUGGUACUAUUUCCACUCAUAUCAAUGUUGUGGUUCUUGACAAGCCAGGGAGACCAGCUGCAGUAACGGUUGAUGCUGUGACUGCUGACUCCAUUACACUAUCAUGGUCUCCCCCUGAAUAUGAUGGAGGAUGCUCUAUUAAUAAUUAUGUUGUUGAGAAGAGGGAUACCAACACAACAGUGUGGGAGAUUGUUUCAUCAAACAUUGCCAGGAAUACAGUCAAGGUAUCUCGAUUGACUCAUGGUUCUGAAUACCAAUUCCGUAUCUAUGCAGUGAACCGCUAUGGAAAGAGUAAGCCUAUUGACUCUCCUGGAAUCACAGCAGAAUAUAGAUGUAAGCAACCUGGACCACCUUCUACUCCUCAUGUAGCUCAUGCUACCAAGUCCUUCAUGCUUGUGACAUGGAAUGAACCCGUUAAUGAUGGAGGUAGCACAGUUUUCGGCUAUCAUUUGGAACGCAAGGAGAGAAGCAGCAUUCUAUGGACCAAGGUGAAUAGGCUUCUCAUCAAAGAUACUGAAUUUAAAGUAAACGCUCUUGAAGAGGGUCUGUUCUAUGAGUACCGGGUAUAUGCUGAAAACAUUGCUGGCAUUGGAAAGGUCAGCAAAGUCAGUGAGCCUAUAGCUGCUAGAGAUCCAUGUGAUCCUCCUGGUCAACCUGUGGCUACAAGUAUUACUAGAUCUUCAGUCUCUCUCUCUUGGACAAAGCCUGAAUAUGAUGGAGGCGCCAAAGUUACAGGCUACAUUAUUGAACGUAAAGAUCUUCCAGAUGGCCGCUGGAUGAGAUGCAACUUCACCAAUGUUCCUGAAACCUACUUUGAUGUUACGGGUCUCACUCAAGAUCAGCAAUACGAUUUCCGUGUUACUGCAAAGAAUGCUGCCGGGCUGUUUAGUGAGCCCUCAUAUAACACAGGCCCUAUCACAGUCAAAGAUGAUGUAGAGCCACCACGAAUUAUGAUGGAUGUCAAGUUCAGGGAUGCUAUUUUUGUAAAAGCAGGAGAAAUACUUAAGAUCAAUGCUGACAUUGCAGGACGCCCACUACCAGUAGCAUCAUGGGCAAAGGAUGGAAAAGAAAUUCAGCUGAGUUCAAGAAUUCAGAUACAGGCAACAGAUGUCACUACAAUGGUAGUAGUAAAAGACUGCAAAAGGAGUGACUCUGGAAAGUAUGCCUUAACAUUGCAGAAUAUCGCUGGUACAGUUACAAUGCCAGUGAAAUGUGUGAUCCUCGAUAAACCUGGCCCUGUAGCUGGACCUUUGUCAGUAAGUGAGCUCACUGCAGAAGAAUGUACAUUGUCAUGGGGACCACCACAAGAAAAUGGUGGAGCAGAUAUAACUCAUUAUAUUGUUGAGAAAAGAGAGUCCAGCAGUUUGGCUUGGACAGUAGUCCAAGGAGAGGUUAAAGCUAGAAAAUGCAAGGUCACAAAGCUAAUCAAAGGCAAUGAAUACAUAUUUAGAGUUCUGGCUAUAAAUAAAUUUGGACUUGGUGAACCUCUUGAAAGUGAGCUCGUCAAAAUGACUGAUCCAUUCACCUUUGCAACAGCACCAACUAAUGUUGAAAUAACAAAUGUGUCCAGUGAGGAGAUGACUGUAACUUGGGUUAAGCCUGCUUCUGAUGGAGGCAGUGAAAUAUUAGGCUAUGUGAUUGAACGACGUGAGAAAUCAAGUCUUCGAUGGAUCCGAGUCAACAAGGAGCUUGUAAAAGAUGAAAGAACUGUAGUAUCCAAACUAAGAAAAGGAAGCGAAUAUGAAUUUAGAGUAUUUGCUGAGAAUGCUGCAGGUUUAAGUCCUCCGAGCAUGCCAUCUGCUUCAUCUAUUGCAAGGGAUGCUUUACUUGUGCCAAGCUCACCAUCUAAACCAAAGGUUAUUGAUCACACAAAGAGUUCAAUUACAAUUACCUGGAAUAAGCCAUCAUCAGAUGGUGGAACGCCAAUCCUGGGAUACAGAGUCGAAUAUAAGAAAACAGAGGAUGAAGAAUGGGGCAUUGCCAUUCAGAUGACAAAGAGCACUGAGUACACUGUUUCUGGUCUUACAGCUGAUAAGGAAUAUGUGUUUGCAGUUAAAUCACUAAACAAAAUAGGCCUAAGUGAACAAUCUCCAGUGUCUGAAUCACAGGCAGCUGUAGACAGGAAGGAGGAACCAGUUUUUGAUGUUGAUAUUGAGAUGAGAAAAACACUGAUUGUCAAGCAUGGCGAUUCAUUUACAAUAAGAGUGCCAUUUAAAGGCAUACCUGUGCCUUCGGUCACAUGGAAUAAAGAAGGUGUUGACCUCAAAUCAAGAGCUACAACUGAAACAAGUGGAAAAUGCACAUCCCUAACUAUUGAAAAGGCAACAAGAUAUGACUCAGGACAAUAUACUGUCACACUGGAUAACGGUGUCGGAGUCUCAACUUUGCCAAUGGCUGUCAAAGUUCUUGAUUCACCAGGACCUCCGGUUAAUGUGAAGAUAAAGGAUGUGACAAAAGGUUCUGCCACAGUUACUUGGGAAGCCCCAGAGAAUGAUGGGGGUGAUGCAGUGAAAGCCUACUAUGUCGAAAAACGUGAAGCUAGCAAAAAGGCCUGGGUUUGUGUAACAAACAAUUGCCACAAUCUGGUCUACAAGGUGGAAAACUUGCCAGAGGGUGCAGUCUACUACUUCAGAGUCAUUGGGGAAAAUGAAUUUGGCUUGGGCGUACCUUCCGAAACAAAAGACGCAACAAAAAUAACAGAAAUACCAAGCCCACCUGCUAGACUUGGGGUAGCCGAAGUAACAAAAGACAGUGUUACAAUAGUAUGGUCAAAACCAGAAUUUGAUGGUGGAAGCAAAAUCACAAGUUAUAUCAUUGAUGCUCUAGAGAAGGGACAGCAAAAAUGGGUGAAGUGUGCCAGUGUAAAAACCAACACCCACACAAUCAAAGGGUUGCGAGAAAAUGCCGAGUAUUUCUUUAGAGUUCGUGCUGAAAAUCAUGCAGGACUAAGUGAUCCAAAGGAAAUGAUCAUUCCUGUAAUUGUAAAAGAUCAACUCAGUGCACCUGAAUUUGAUAUGAAGAAUUUUCCACACAACACUGUUUAUGUAAGGGCUGGAUCAAAUCUCAAGUUUGAGCUUCCUCUCACUGGCAAACCAAUGCCAAAGGUUGCAAUGACAAGAAAAAAUGUUCCAGUGAGAUGUGGAAAGAGAUUUAGUUUUGAAGUAACACCUGCUAGUCUUAAUAUCAGCCUCAAAGAAAGUAUCGCAAGUGAUGCUGGAAGAUACGACAUUGUUGCCUCCAAUACCAGUGGAACAACCAAGAUGUUCAUUAAUAUACUGGUGUUAGAUAGACCAGGUCCUCCAGUUGGUCCAGUGGAAAUAAGUGAUGUUGGAGAAACAUCACUGUGCCUGAAAUGGCUACCACCUGUGUACCAUGGCGGUAGCCCCGUGACAAACUAUGUUGUGCUUCGACGUGAAACAAGCACACCAGCUUGGGUAGAGGUGUCAUCUACAGUUGCCAGGAAUGCAAUUAAAGUCACCAAAUUAACAAAGGGUGAAGAAUACCAAUUCCGAAUUAAAGCAGAGAAUCGCCUUGGCAUCAGUGAUCACAUAGACUCUCAGUCCAUCAUGGUGAAACUUCCAUACACCAUUCCUGGACCACCAUCAACACCAUGGGUGAGCUUUGUUUCAAGAGAAAGUGUUACAGUUUGCUGGCAUGAACCUGUAGUAGAUGGAGGAAACCCAGUAUUUGGAUAUCAUCUCCAAAUGAAAGAAAGAAGCAGCAUUUUGUGGCAGAAAGUAAACAAGACAGUAAUCCCUGCUAAUCAGAUCAGGGUGACGAACAUAUGCCCGGGAACGAUUUAUGAAUUCAAGGUGGCUGCAGAAAAUUCUGCUGGUAUUGGCAAAUUCAGCAAAACAUCAGAGGAAGUACUUGCCAUUGAUGCUUGUGAACCACCAGCAAAUGUAAGAAUCUCAGAAAUUACAAAGAACUCUGUUAGCCUUGUCUGGCAGAAGCCUCCUUUCGAUGGUGGAUGUAAGAUCACUGGCUACAUUGUUGAAAAAAGAGAUGCUCCAAAUGGCAGAUGGACUAAGGCUAACUUUACCAAUGUUAUUGAGAAAAACUACACUGUGUCAGCAUUGACACAAGAUCAGUCAUAUGAAUUUAGAAUUUUUGCUAAGAAUGCAGGUGGGUCUAUGAGCAAUCCAUCUCUUAUUGCUGGACCAGUGACUUGUGUGGACAUUACUGGUGCCCCAGUAAUUGACCUGCCUCCUGAGUACCUAGAUGUUGUGCAAUACAAAGCUGGAGCUUCUGUGAAGAUAAGGCUAGGAAUUAUGGCAAAGCCACUGCCAACAAUUGAAUGGCUCAAAGAUGGAAAGGAAUUAGUGUCAAGUUCACAGAUAUCGAUUGAGAACACCACCGAUUCAUCUGCUGUCCUUAUCAAGGAUGCCACUCGUCUUAACACUGGAACCUAUGAAAUAAAGACCAAAAAUGUGUUUGGCACAGCUUCUGCCUCCAUCAGAAUAUUGAUUCUAGACAAACCAGGCCCUCCAGCUGGAAUUAUUGAAUUCAAAUCAGUAACUGCUGACACCAUAACAAUUGCUUGGGAGCCAGUGGCAUAUGAUGGAGGCUCCAAAGUCACCCAUUAUAUUGUGGAAAAACGUGAGACGAGUAGAUUUGUGUGGACUACUGUUUCUGACUGUAUGGAAGAACGCAGAGUCUCUGUCCAGAAGUUGCUUAAAGGAGGUGAAUACAUCUUCCGGGUCAGAGGGGUCAACAAAUUCGGAGUUGGAGAUCCUCUGGAGUCUGAUCCCAUUAUUGCUAAGAACGCAUUUGUUACUCCUGGACAACCUAGAACGCCAGAGGCAACAGAAAUCACUAAGACAUCUAUGAAGAUUGUAUGGGAUAAACCAGGAGUGGAUGGUGGUAGCAUGGUUACAGGCUACUAUUUACAGAGACGUGACAAGAAGAAUCUGCGCUGGAUUAAAAUCUACAAAGACCCCAUUCAUGACACAACAGCAAAGGUCCAUCACCUGACUGAAGGGUAUGAAUAUCAGUAUCGUGUGUGCGCAAUUAACAAAGCCGGAGAAGGUCCAUUCUCAGAUGAUUCUGACUUUUACAAAGCAGCUGACCCUGUUGAUAUCCCUGCUGAGCCUACCAAGCUCAAAGUUGUUGAUUCAACUAAAACUUCAAUUACUCUUGGAUGGUCCAAGCCAGAGUAUGAUGGAGGCAGUGAAAUUACCAGCUACACUGUGGAAAAAAGGGUUGGUGUGGAAGGACAAUGGGAAGUGCUAAGUAAAAAAGGCGAAGUCAGAACUACAGAGUAUGUUGCUUCAGGUCUGUUGCCAGAUGUUGACUACUUCUUCCGUGUAUCUGCUAUGAAUUGUGCUGGUCGUGGAGACCCAAUAGAGAUGGAGGAACCAGUCCAGGCUAAAGACAUUCUUGAGGAAGCUGAUGUUGACAAAGAUGUUGCAAUGAGAACUCAUUACAUUGUCAAAGCUGGCAAAGAUGUUGAGAUCAUGGUUCCUCUAAAAGGCAGACCUGCUCCAAGUGUUUCUUGGAAGAAAGAAGACCAAAUAAUUGAUAAAGACCCGCAAUAUGAUAUCCACAACACAGAUACUUCAUCAUGCCUUGUGCUUUCGAAUGUAACUCGUAACGAUAGUGGCAAAUACACUAUUGAGAUAUCGAAUGGUGUAGGACAACCGAAAUCAUUGACAUUAUCAGUGAAAGUACAGGACACUCCUUCUGCCUGUAGAAAUCUGGUCCUAAAAGAUGUCACUCGUGGCAAAGUGACCUUGUGCUGGGAACCUCCUCUCCUUGAUGGUGGUGCUGAAAUCACUAAUUAUAUUGUUGCAAAAAGAGACUCCUCAAAGCGCACAUAUGCUGCAGUAACCAACAAAUGUAUGGAAACGUCAUUUGAAAUUGACGAGCUCUCAGAGAAGAUAUCAUACUUUUUCCGUGUAUUGGCAGAAAAUGAGAAUGGAGUUGGUGAUCCAUGUGACACAGCAGAGCCUGUUAAAGCCACUGAGAAACCUGGUCCUAUUAAAGAUCUGGCUAUGAAAGACUCCUCUAAAACAUCAGUGACUCUACAGUGGAAUAAACCAGAUUAUGAUGGUGGUAGCAUUAUUACAGAUUACAUAAUUGAAAAGAAACUUAAAGGUCAAGAAGAAUGGGCUCCUGCAGGAACAAACAAGCAUUGUGAGCAUGAGGUCACAAAACUUAAAGAACUCACAGAAAUGUUCUUCAGAGUCUGCUCAAAGAAUGAGAAGGGCACCAGUGACUUUACAGAGAUUGGUCCAAUUAAAGUAAAGGACUAUAUCAUUCCACCAGAGGCAAACCUUGAUGAGUAUCCUGGUGGACAGGUCAGUGUUCGCAUUGGUCACAAUGUACAUAUUGAGCUUCCAUACAGAGGAAAACCAAGGCCAUCAGUUACUUGGCUGAAGGACAACUUGCCACUGAAAGAGAGUGAAAAGGUUCGCUUCAAAAAGACAGAAAACAAGGCAACACUAAUGAUAAAGAAUGUAGAAAAAGAAAAUGGUGGUAAAUAUACUCUUACACUUGACAACACCGUGUGCAGGAAAUCAUUCCAUAUUCAGGUCAUUACCCUUGGAGCACCAUCCAGACCCAUUGGACCAAUUCGUUUGGAUGAAGUCAGAUCAGAAAGUAUAAGGAUAUCUUGGGACGAACCAAAUGAUGACGGCGGUGGAGAAAUCACCUGUUACAGUGUUGAAAAACUUGACACCUCUCAAACAAAUUGGAAGAUGGCUUGUUCAAGUGUUAUAGGAACUACUUUCAAUGUGCCAAAUCUAAUCAAAGGAACUCAAUAUCAAUUCAGAGUGUGUGCGGAGAACAGAUAUGGUGUGAGUGAGCCUCUGAUUUCACAGACUGUCAUGGCCAAGCAUGAGUUUAGACCUCCAGGUGCACCAGGCAUGCCAUUUGUAUACAAUGUCACUAACGAUGCCAUGACUAUUCAGUGGGAUGCACCUAUCUUCGAUGGUGGCUGCCCAAUCCUUGGAUACCAUGUUGAAAAGAAAGAGACCAACAGCAUUAUGUGGCAAAAGGUCAACCUUGUUUUGGUGACUGCAAAGGAAUUCAGAAUUAUUGGCCUUAUUGAAGGCCUGCAAUACCAGUUCCGGGUCUAUGCUCAAAAUGAUGCAGGAUACAGUCGUAUGAGUGAUGAAAGCAAACCAGUUACGGCUGUUUCUCCUGUUGAUCCUCCUGGAACACCUGACUAUGUUGACGUAACUAGUGAAUCUGUGAAACUCAAAUGGGAUGCACCUAAAAGAGAUGGUGGAAGCAAAAUUGUCGCCUACAACAUUGAGAAACGCCAAGGCCAGGGACGCUGGUUGAAGACAAACUUCACAGACGUAACUGAGACAGAGUUUAUAGUGACUGGUCUAAGUUGUGGUGAACGAUAUGAAUUCAGAGUUAUAGCAAGGAAUGCCAUUGGCACCGUUAGCCCACCUUCUCAGUCUUCUGGCUAUGUUCUCACCAGAGAUGAAAGUGCUGCCCCAAAUAUUGAAUUUGGACAGGAGUACUUUGAAGGGGUUGCCAUUAAAGCAGGAGAAAACAUCAGGCUUAAAGUCUCAAUUACAGGAAGACCAACCCCCAAGGUGAAAUGGUUCAGGAAUGAUUUGGAACUAACUAAGAAGAUGGUCGAUAUCACAACAAUUGCUGGCUCAAGCACCCUCUUUAUUAGAGAUGCUGAUCGCUCUCACAGUGGGGUCUAUUCUGUAGAAGCACAGAACCAGUGUGGAAGCAAGAAAGAGCAAAUGAAAGUAGAAGUGUUUGAUACACCUGGAGAGCCUGUUGGACCAAUUGUCUUCACAAACAUCACAGAGGGCAAAGUCACAUUAUCAUGGAAUCCACCAGAAAACGAUGGCUGCUCUGAGGUCACUCAUUAUGUUAUUGAGAGACGAGAGACCUCCAAAAUUUCCUGGUCACUGGUUACAGAUCACUGUGAGGAGUGUACCUACAAUGCGACCAAACUGAUCAAGAUGAAUGAGUACCAGUUCCGUGUGUCUGCUGUAAACAUGCUUGGAGUCAGUAGACCACUGGAUUCUGUUCCUGUCAUUGCCCAAAUGCAAUAUACAAUUCCAGAUGCUCCUGGUACUCCUGAUGCCACCAAGGUUGAUGGGGAGAGUAUUACCAUCAGCUGGACUGCGCCCACAAAUGAUGGAGGAAAUGCAAUUAAACAUUACAUUGUUGAAAGACGUGAAAAGAAGACUGUGCGCUGGGUGAAGGUUUUGACUAGGAAACCAAUUACUGAGGUUGCCCACAGAGUAACUCAUCUCACUGAAAAUGUGGAAUAUGAAUUCCGUGUUUUUGCUGUUAAUGAUGCUGGAGUUGGCGCACCAAGUAAUGUUUCGAUGCCUAUUAAAUGUGCAGAGCCAACUGAAGAACCAGAUGCUCCUUCAAUUAUAAAUGUUACUGAUGCUACCAACACAUCGAUCAGUCUGGAAUGGACCAGACCAGGUUAUGAUGGUGGCAUGGAGGUGCAAGGAUACAUCAUAGAGAUGUGCAAGGGAGCUGAAAAAGAAUGGAAACGAAUCAAUGAAGAUAUUUCCACUGUCACGAAGUACACCGCCGUCGGUUUGGAAACAGGUGCAGAGUACAGUUUCCGCAUAUGUGCAGUUAAUCCAGUCGGAAAAAGCAAGCCUAAAGAGAUCUCUGAGCCUGUACAAGCAGUAGAUAGACUGUCUGCACCUGAGAUUGAUAUUGAUGCAAGCUUCCAACAGACCCACAUUGUGAAAAGUGGUGGCAGCGUAUGUCUCCGUGUAGCCUUCAAAGGAAAACCAACACCUACAGCUUCAUGGAUAAAGGUGGAUGGAGAACUCGGGGUAAUGGCUGAUGUAACUACCACAGACACCUUCACUUAUUUGACACUGGCAAAUUGUACACGAUAUGACAGUGGAAAAUACACUCUCACUCUUGAGAACAGCAGUGGUAGCAAAGCCAUAACCUUUACAGUUAAAGUGCUGGACACACCUGGUGCACCAGGUCAUCUUAUUUUCCGGGAUGUUACAAGAGGCGCCCUUUCACUUAUAUGGGAUCCUCCAGUCAAUGAUGGUGGUGCACGUGUUCAUCACUAUGUUCUGGAGAAACGAGAGGCUAGCCGGCGAACAUGGACAGAAGCAGCACCUAAGUGCACUAAGACAUUUUUGAGAAUUACUGAUCUUUUGGAAGGAGUACCCUACUUCUUUAGGGUAAUGGCAGAAAACCAGUAUGGCCUUGGUGAGGCUUAUGAAAUGCCUGAUCCUAUUAUUGCUACUGCUGAACCAGCUCCACCCAAGAGACUGGACAUCAUUGAUACUACUGACACAACAGUUACUCUUGCAUGGUUGAAGCCGGAACAUGAUGGCGGCAGCCGUAUCACAUCUUAUUCUGUGGAGGUUAAAGCAAAGGGAACAGAUAAAUGGGUUGUUGGAGGUUCAACCAAGAGCCUAAGUCUUGUUGUUGAGGGCUUAACUGAAGGUGCAGAGUAUGAAUUUAGUGUCAAAGCUAAGAAUGAUGCAGGUUACAGUAUUCGUAAAGAGGCUCUCUCUUCUGUUGUUGUUAAAGAGCCCAUUAUUGAGCCAACUGCAGAUCUCAGUGGCAUUACCAACCAGCUUAUCACCUGCAAGUCGGGCAGUUCAUUUGAAAUUGAUGUUCCAAUUGCUGGCAGACCAGCACCGAAAAUCACUUGGAAGCUUGAGGAAAUGAGACUAAAGGAAACCGACAGGGUCGCAAUCAAGACAACAAAAAAUAGAACCACUCUGACAGUUAAAGAAUGCAUGCGAGGUGACGGAGGAAGGUAUUUCCUUACCCUCGAGAAUGUGACUGGAGCUAAGACUUUCACUGUCAUUGUCAAUGUAAUUGGCAGACCCAGUCCUCCAGAGGGGCCUAUUAAGGUUUCUUCAAUCACAGCUGAGUCUUGUGAAUUGUCAUGGAAUGAGCCUGAAGAUGAUGGUGGAACUGAAAUAACAAACUACAUUGUUGAGAAACGUGAGUCUGGCUCAACUGCCUGGCAACUUAUCAACUCUAGCGUGAAACGAAAAUCAUUCCAUGUCACACAUCUAACCAAGUACAUGCAGUACACAUUCCGUGUCUCUGCAGAAAACAGAUUUGGUGUGAGCAAAUCCACUGAGUCUGAAACCAUUGUUGCAGAACAUCCAUUUGUUCCACCAGGGCCUCCCACUAGACCAGAAGUUUUCAGUGUUGCUGCUAACAGCAUGAGUAUUCGAUGGGAGGAACCAUACCAUGAUGGUGGUAGUAAGGUCACCGGGUACUGGAUUGAGAAAAAGGAGCGUAACACUAUUCUCUGGGUCAGAGAAAACACCAUCCCCUGUUUUGAGUGUUACUACAAGGUGGAUGGCCUUAAUGAAGGUCUUGAGUACCAGUUCAGAGUGUAUGCUAUGAAUAGUGCUGGCUUCAGCAAAGCAAGUGAAGCAUCAAAGAGAGCUGUGGCUCAAAAUCCAGUUGAUCCUCCAGGCAAGCCAGAAGUAACUGGUGUGUCAAGAUCAACAGUGUCAAUUAAAUGGUCUGUGCCUCUGAAUGAUGGUGGAAGCCCAAUUGUGGGAUACAUUGUUGAGCGAAAGCCGUAUACUGUCACCGGAGAGGGCAGAUGGCUGAAGUGUAAUUACACCAAUGUUACUGAAACAAAAUUCACCAUUACUGCGCUGGGAGAAGGGGAAGUAUAUGAGUUCCGCGUGAUUGCAAGAAAUGCUAAUGGAGUGCACAGCAUGCCAUCAGUUUCAACAGGAGCAGUGACUUGCAAAGCCGAAUACACACCUCCAAAAGCGGAAUUGGAUAGCAAACUUCUUGUGGACACAGUUACUGUCAGAGCAGGGUCAGACUUGGUUCUUGAUGCGGCUGUUGGUGGUAAACCUGAUCCAAAAGUCUACUGGGCCAAGGGACAGAAGGAGCUAGAGCUUUGUGAGAAAUAUUCUUUGCAGUAUUCUAACACACGUGCUCUGGCAAUUAUCAAGUUCUGCGAUAGAGAUGAUACUGGAAAGUACAUUUUGACUGUGAAAAAUGCCAGUGGAACCAAAACAGCUGAAGUUAAUGUGAAGGUCCUUGAUACACCGGGCCCAUGCCAGGAGAUCAACGUAAGCAAUGUAACUAAGGAGAAAUGCACAGUGUCCUGGAAAGAGCCACUGCAGGAUGGUGGUGACCCCAUCACACACUAUAUUGUGGAGAGAAGGGACACUAACAGACUGAACUGGGUCAUCGUGGAGUCUGAAUGCAAGGCCCUCAUGUGUGACAUUACUAGACUUUUCAAGAAUACUGAAUAUAUUUUCCGUAUCAGAGGUGUAAACAAAUAUGGAGCAGGUGUGACUCUACAGUCUUCGCCCAUUAUUGCAAGAAACUCCUUCACUGUUCCAUUACCUCCGGGAGCACCAGAAAUUAUCGCAGUUGGAAAAGACUUUGCGACAAUUGAGUGGCUUAAACCUGAAAAUGAUGGUGGAAGCGAAGUUAUAAGCUACCUGAUUGAGAAAAAAGAGAGAAAGAGCGUCAGAUGGAUAAAAGUUAAUAAAGACUCGGUACUCAAGGACACAACCUUUAAGGUUUCUGGUCUACAAGAGGGUAACAUUUAUCAGUUCCGUGUUACUGCCAUUAAUGCCGCUGGAGAUAGCGAGCCUAGCGAAGUGUCUAUGUAUGCGGUGUGCCGAUUACCAACAGACAAACCAGAUGCUCCUUCAAUUCCACGUGUAACAGACACUCACAAGGACAGCAUUAGUCUGACCUGGACAAGACCAAUAAAAGAUGGAGGUGCAGAUGUUAUUGGUUACAUUCUCGAGAUGCAAGAAUUAGGCACAGAGGAAUGGAUCAAGACCCAUGAGAAGAACCUUAGAGUCACAGAGCAUACUGUGAGUGGCUUGACAACGGGUAAAAAGUAUUGCUUCAGAGUUGCUGCAGUAAAUGUCAAUGGAGCAGGUGACUUUAGUGACCAAUGUGCUGAAGUAGAGCCUAUUGAAAGAAUUGAAAUACCUGAUCUUGAGCUUCCUGAUGAUCUGAAGAAGACAAUAUGCCUGAGAGCCGGAAGCUCACUGCGUCUUCAUGUAACUGUUACUGGAAGACCGGUUCCAGCUAUCUCCUGGAGCAAGCCUGGUGUGGAUCUCGACAACCGUGGAUUCAUUGAAGUGACAGAUACCGCUACAACUCUUAUCAUUGAUAAGGUGCACCGCUAUGAUGCUGGAAAAUACACCCUUGAAGCCUCUAAUACAGCUGGCAAGAAGGAUGCUAGUUUUCUUGUCAAGAUCUAUGAUACUCCUGGUCCACCAGGCCCCAUUAAAAUAAAGGAGCUCACAACUGAGUCUGCUCACAUUACAUGGGAUGCCCCUGAGGUUGACGGUGGAGCUCCAGUGAACAAUUACAUAAUUGAGAGGAGAGAGACAUCAAUGAGAGCCUAUAAAACAGUUACUUUGAAAUGCAGCAAGACGUCAUAUAAAAUUACCGGACUGUCCGAGGGAAUUCUCUACUACUUCAGAGUGUUGCCAGAAAACAUUUAUGGCACAGGUGAACCUAGCGAGACAACAGAUGCUGUGUUGGUGUGUGAAGUGCCACUGCCUCCAGCUAAACUUGAUGUAAUAGAUGUCACAAAGUCAUCUGUUACUCUUGGAUGGGAGAAACCUAAACACGAUGGAGGCAGCCGAAUCAUUGGCUACAUUGUUGAAGCUUGCAAAGCUGGUACAGACAAAUGGAUGAAGAUUGCUACUUUGAAAUUAACAGACUUUGAAUACACCAUUGAAAAACUGAACGAAAAUGAACAGUACCUAUUUAGGGUACGUGCUCUCAACAGCAAAGGUCCCGGUGAAGCCAAAGAAAUUGUUGUCCCUGUAACAGUACAAGAACAAAGAGUUAUGCCAAAGGUUGAUCUAUCAAGCAUUCCACAAAAGAUGAUUAGUGUUUUGGCUGGCAAACCCCUUGAACUUCAUUUGCCAAUUAGUGGAAGACCACCCCCAGUUUCCUCCUGGUACUUUAAUGACAAUAAGAUGAAGAUACAGGAACGUGUAAAGAUUCAGUCCACUGCAAAAUUCUCCAAAUUAACUGUUCUUAACACCACAAUUGAUGAUACUGGAGAAUAUACCCUUGAAGUAAAGAAUAUUACAGGAAUUACUACAGAGAAGAUUAAAGUAAUUAUUCUUGACAAACCUGAUCAGCCUAAUGGACCUAUUCGUUUUGAUGAGAUAGAUGCAACCUCAGUUACAAUAAGCUGGGACCCACCAGAGAGAGAUGGAGGUGCUCCUGUAAGCAACUACAUCAUUGAACAACGUGAUGCUCAUCGCCCAGGAUGGGUACCUGUUUCUGAAUCAGUCAGCAGGCCAACCUUCAAAUUUACCAGAUUGACUGAGGGAGAUGAAUAUGUCUUCCGCGUUUCAGCAGUCAAUCGCUACGGCUCUGGAGAAUUCUUACAAUCAGAAAUAGUAGAAUGCAAGAGUUCUAAAUCCAUUCCUGGACCACCAGGCCGCCCAAUAGUAUUUGAUGUAUCUCGGGAUGGCAUGACCGUUGCCUGGGAACCACCAGAUGAGGAUGGUGGUUUGGAGAUAUCUGGCUACAUUAUUGAGCGCAAGGAGGUUAGAGCUGACAGAUGGGUCCGUGCUAAUAAGAACCCUGUGACGAUGACAAGAUACAGAUCCACUGGCCUUAUUGAAGGCCUGGAAUAUGAGCAUAGAGUUACAGCUAUAAAUGCUAGAGGUGUUGGCAAACCCAGUUUCCUCUCGAAACCAGCUGUGGCAACUGAUCCAGUUGAUCCACCUGGCCCACCUCAAAACCCGAGAAUCACAGACACUACAAAGACAUCUGUGUCACUGGCAUGGAAUCCACCUGAUGAGGAGGGUGGCUCUAAAGUAACUGGUUAUCUAAUUGAGAUGCAGAAGGCUGGUUCUGUAGCCUGGAUUAAGUGCAAUACUACACCUACUAUGAUUUGUGAAUACACCCUGACAAAAAUGCCUCAAGGCGAGGAGUUCAGGUUCAGAGUCUUAGCUUGUAAUUCUGGUGGUCCAGGCGAGGCUGCUGAAGUGCCAAGAUCAGUUACUGUCACAGAGAUGCUUGAACCUCCAAGUCACGAUCUCGAAGCCAAGUACAAAGAUGUAUUUGUUGUCCGACAUGGAGCGGUCAUCAGACUUUCAGUUCCGAUUAAAGGCAAGCCAACACCUGUUUGCAAGUGGACAAAGGAUGGUGCUGAGGUCUCUAGCCGUGCAAUGAUUGCCUCCAGUGAGGAUAUGAGUGAGCUUGUUUUCAAGGAUGCUGAACGUUCUGACUCUGGUGUUUACGUUCUACAUCUUGAAAACAAAUGUGGCAAAAAGAUGGUGCAAAUCAAAGUCAAAGUCAUUGGGCGUCCAGCAGCUCCUGAAGGUCCUCUUGGAUUCGAGGACAUCCAAGCUCAUUCUUUAAGAGUGACCUGGAAGCCACCAAAAGAUGAUGGUGGCUCAGAAAUCCUUGGCUACAUUGUGGAGCGACGUGAGUCAACAAAGGCAGCCUGGUAUACUGUGGACUCCAGAGUGGUUGACACAUCUUUGGUGGUUAAAGGUCUACAGGAAAAUGUCGAGUACCACUUUAAGGUGACAGCUGAGAAUAAGUUUGGCAUUAGUGGCUCCCUUAAAUCUGAGCAGACUAUUGUACCAAAGACUCCAAUUUGUGUGCCAGAAGCUUCAAGCACACCACCAGAGAUCAUGGAUGUUACUAAGUCCACUGCUGACUUGGCUUGGACUAAACCUAAAGAUGAUGGUGGAUCACCAAUCAUUGGAUACUUCAUUGAGUAUAAAGAGGUAUCAUCUGACAAGUGGAUUCGCCAUGAGAAGAGGGUUACUUCAACCAUGUACACUCUUAGUGGACUCACUACUGAUGCGGAAUAUCAGUUCCGUGUGGUCACUGUAAAUGACAUCGGAGAAAGCGAACCUGGACUUGCAUCAGACUCUGUCAUAUGCAAAGAUCCAUUUGACAAACCAAGUCAACCAGGUGAGAUUGACACUUCAGCUGUAACUAAAGAUUACAUAACUAUUGGCUGGGAAGCCCCUCAAUGUGAUGGUGGAAAACCAGUUCUGGGUUACUGGGUUGAGUGCAGAAGAUCAGGGGAGAGCACAUGGAAGAAGUGUAACAGGGAAAUUUUAAAAGAAAAACAAUUUACUCAGGGUGGUUUGCAAGAGGCCACUGAAUAUGAAUUUAGAGUGUUUGCUGAAAAUGAAACUGGAAUAAGCAGGCCUCGUAGGACUGCAGCAGGAAUUAAAACCAAACUCGGUGUUGCAGCUCAACCAGCCCUCAGAAAAGAGAUGGAUGAAGUUACUGCCAAGCUUGGACAGACUGCCACCCUAAAAUGUCAAAUUAUUGGAAGGCCUGUUCCAGAAAUUAAAUGGUACAAAGGUGGAAAGGAAAUCAAAGAAGGCCGCAAAUAUGCUGCAACUUCUGAUGGCCGUAACCAUAGUUUGACCAUAUCAGCAGACCAGCAAGAAGACGAAGGCUUGUACACAUGCAAAGCUGUGAAUGAAGCUGGGGAAUGUGAGACCAGUGGAAACUUGGUUCUUGAAGCAGCACCUCAAUUCCCUGUUCCAUUAAAAGAAAAAAUAUUUGCAGGAUGUGGUACAACUGUACGUAUUCAUGCUGUGUAUAUAGGUCGCCCUGAGCCCAAGAUUAUGUGGCUUUAUGGAGCCAAACCUGUGGAGCCCUCUGAGAAUGUAAUCAUUGAGAACACAGAGAGUUACACUCACUUAAUCUUAAAGAAUGUCCAACGUAGGGUGAAUGGUGGAAAAUACAGAAUUAGAAUCAACAACCACUUUGGCACUGCAGAUACUGUAACUCAACUUGAAAUCACAGACAAACCUGACAAGCCAGAAGGACCUAUUGUUCUUGAGGCUUUACUAAAGAAUUCGGUGAUAAUAAGUUGGAAGGCACCAAAAGAUGAUGGUGGAUCAAUGAUAACAAGCUACAUUGUGGAGAAGCAUGAAGACAAAGAAGGUUCAGAGUGGCAGCUUGUCUCAUCAUCCAUCACAGGCACCUCAUGCCGCAUCCCCAAUCUUUUGGAAAAUGAAGGUUACUUCUUCCGCAUUUCAGCACAAAAUCGUUAUGGCAACAGUGAACCACUGGAGACACCAUCUGCUAUUCUUAUCAAGAGUCAAUUAGAUAAGCCAGGUGCACCACUGAAACCUGUAGUAUCUGGAGUGACCAAGACCUCCUGUGUUGUUUCUUGGAAACCACCUCUUAGUGAUGGUGGAUCCAAGAUCAAAAGUUACAUUCUUGAAAAGAAAGACAAAAAGAAGGGUGAAUGGGUCGCGGUAACCACUGAUGAGAUUCAUCAAACAGUGUAUUCAGUAAAGGGGCUUAUCGAAGGCCUGGAAUACAUUUUCCGUGUGAAAUGUGAAAAUCAUGGUGGAGUAAGUGAAUACAGUGAAGAGUCGGACCCUGUUGUUCCCCGAACUGAUGUUGAGGUACAUGCUCCUGCCUUUAAAGAAGAUCUCAGGAACAUGAGUGUGAAAUACAAGAGCAACGCGACAUUCGUUUGCAAGAUAACCGGACAACCCAAACCUGUAAUUAAAUGGUUCAGGCGUGGCAAAGAAAUACAGGCGGAUGGAAUCAAAAUCAAGAUCCAGGAAUUCAAGGGAGGUUAUCAUCAACUUGUCAUUGCCAAUGCUGAUGAGGAAGAUUCAACUGUUUAUCAGAUCAGAGCAACAAACCAGGGAGGAUCUAUUUCUGCAACGGUUUCACUUGAUGUUGAAAUUCCAGCAAAGAUACAUUUACCUAAGAACCUUCAAGAUAAAGAAGCCAUCUGUGCUCUUCGAGGUGAAGUGGUGAACAUCAAGAUUCCAUUCAGUGGAAAACCAGAUCCUGUAAUCACAUGGCAAAAGGGACAAGAUCUCAUUGAUAACAACGGGCAAUAUCAAGUCAUCGUCACAAGAUCAUUCACAUCUCUUUUGUUCACCAAUGGGGUGGACCUGAAGGAUGCUGGUUUCUACAUUGUCUGUGCAAAGAACAGAUUUGGCAUUGAUCAGCAGACAGUCGAACUCGAUGUUGCAGAUGUCCCUGAUCCACCACGCAGCAUCAAAGCUAGUGAUGUGUCUAGGGAUUCUGUUGUACUUAACUGGGUUGCACCAGCCAGUGAUGGAGGAAGUAGAGUUAGAAACUACAUUAUUGAGAAAUGUGCCACUACAGCAGAGAGAUGGAUCCGUGUUGCCCAGUCACGUGAUACUCAUUACACUGUCACCAACCUGUUUGGGAAAACAAGCUACCAAUUCCGUGUAAUAGCGGAGAACAAAUUUGGCCAGAGUGCACCAUCUGAUCCAAGUGGACCAGUUGUGACAAAGGAAGAUAAAUCAAGAAUUCUUACCUACGAUGAGGAAGUCGACGAGCACAGAUCUAUCUUUAAGGGUAAAGCUUCUCAUUCAGAGGUUAAGAAUGCCCACAACAAGUAUAUGAUCGCUGAAGAGCUUGGCCAUGGGCAGUUUGGCAUUGUUCAUCGCUGUGUUGAGAUUAGUUCUGAGAAGACCUUCUUUGCCAAAUUUGUUAAAGUCAAAGGCGCAGAUCAAGCAAUAAUAAAGAAAGAAAUUGCCACAUUGAAUGUGGCACGCCAUAAGAACUUCCUGCAACUCCACGAAUCAUUUGACAGUCCUGAAGAACUAGUUAUGAUAUACGAGUUUAUAUCUGGUGACGACAUAUUUGAGCGCAUUAGCACUGCAAACUUCGAGCUCAAUGAACGUGUCAUUGUCAAUUACAUCAGACAGGUAUGCGAAGCUCUUGAGUUUCUCCACAGCAAGAGUUAUGGCCAUUUCGAUAUUAGGCCAGAGAAUAUAGUUUACACCACAAGAAGAGGAACAACUGUCAAGAUAAUUGAACUGGGACAAGCUAGGCAUCUUACUCCAGGUGAACAAAUCAAAAUUCAGUACACAACGGUCGAAUAUUCGGCACCUGAAAUUCAUCAAAAUGAGAUGGUCAGCACUGUCACAGACAUGUGGUCUGUCGGUGUCCUGGUAUAUGUCCUUCUCAGUGGACUCAAUCCUUUCAUUGCUGAAACUAAUCAACAAAUGAUUGACAACAUCUCCAAUGCUGAGUACAGUUUUGAAGAUGAGUCCUUUAAACAUGCAAGUGUUGAGGCGUUAGACUUUAUAGAUCGCCUCCUUACUAAAGACCGUAAACAUCGUAUGACCGCUGCUGAAGCUUUGAAUCAUCCUUGGCUGACAAUGAAUACAGAGGAACUAAGCAGUAGGUCAAUCAAGACCACAAGACACAAGAGAUACUACCAAGCUAUGGUGAGAAAGGAAUGGAACACUGUUGUCUCAUCUGCUCGUAUUGCUAGUGGCGGUGCUAUCAGAAGUCAGAGAGGUGUAACAGUUGGCAAAGCAAAGAUUGCACCAUUUGAAAAUGGUCCAAUUGCUGGACAAAUCAAACAUAAUGUUGCUGAUGAAGGCGAUGAUGUCAAAUUUAUUUGCAACAUUGACAACUAUGACAGCAGUACCGAGGUCACAUGGUAUUGCGGAGUUCGACAACUCGAGGAAAGUGCCAAAUGUGAGAUUACCUACGAUGAGGGGCUUGCUACAAUAACCAUCAAAGGAAUCGCUCGAUCAGAUGACGGAACAUAUCGAUGCAAAGUUGUCAAUGAAUACGGUGAAGACAGUGCAUACGCAGAGCUCUUUGUUAAAGGUGUCAGAGAAUAUAGAAGCUACUACACUGCACGUGUGGUCAAGAAAGUCAAACGCAGAAUAGACACAGCCCGUCUUCUACAAAGACCUCCAGAGUUCACCCUUCCUCUGUGCAACCGCACUGCUUACUUUGGGGAAACUGUUCGAUUUGGAGUCACCAUCACAGUACACCCUGAACCACGUGUCAUCUGGCUGAAAUCUGGGCAGAAGAUUUCCCCUGAUGAUGACGACAAGAAAUAUACAUUUAUAACUGACAAAGGUCUGUAUCAGUUAGUUAUUCACAAGCUAGACUCUGACGAUGAUGCGGAAUACACCGUGGUGGCACGGAACAGGUAUGGUGAUGACAGCUGUAAGGCUCGUCUCACAGUCGUCCCUCGCCCUGCACCUGCCGAUAAUACACUGAGACCCAUGUUCAAGCGCCUUUUGGCGAACUUGGCGUGCAGAGAGGGCCAGAGUGUACGCUUUGAGAUAAGAGUGUCAGGAACACCCUCACUAAAAUGGGAGAAGGAUGGUACACCUUUAGCAUUUGGUCCGCAGAUUGAAGUUGUCCACGAGGGCUUGGACUAUUUUGUCUUACACAUCAGAGACACACUUCCUGAGGAUUCUGGUACAUACCGAGUAACUGCCACUAAUUCUGCUGGCUCUGCAAGUUGCCAAUCUACACUUAAAGUUGAACGUUCCCUACAUGUCAAGAAGGAAUUUGUGAGUGAAGGGGAAAAGAGGAAAGCUCUGGACCAACAGCAGAUUGACAAGAAAGUACGAUUGACACAAAUUCUGUCUGGUACAGAUAUCACGCCACUUAUUCCUGCCGCUAAACAGGCAUUAAGAGAGGCUGCAGCUAUGUUUACGCCUGCAGUUUCCGCCAAAAAACUAAAGACUGAUGCUGAGGAAGCAAAGGAAAAAGAAGAAAGAAAGAAACGGGCAGAGGAAAAGAGAUUGAGAAUGCCAUAUACUGUGCCCCAGCCUCGUCUUUAUGGCCCUACUGCUCUAGAGGAAGACAUGGAGAUCAAGCACUUUAAGCCAUUAUCUGACAUGAAGUGGUACAAGAAAUUACGAGAUCAAUAUGAAUUCCCAGAGCCAAUGGACAAGAUUUCUCAGAAAAGACUUAAGCGCAUUAGACUGUCAAGGUGGGAGCAAUUUUAUGAAGUGCCCUUGCCAAGAAUUAAAGACCAGUACAAGCCAAGAUGGCAUAUACCUACGUCACAGGAUGACUUGGAAACUGUACGACCAGCAAGACGAAGAACACCUUCUCCUGAAAUGGAAGCUUAUUACAGAAUAAGAAGGCGCUCCCUUGGUGAUCUUUCUGAUGAGGAACUGCUUCUUCCUGUUAAAGAAUACCUGUCAAUGAAGAGUACUGAGGAGGAAAGACUUAAACUUGAAGAUGAACUCAGAUUAGGCUACUCUGCCUCUCCACCAAGUCUAAGUCCUGUACGUUUUGAACUCUCUGCUUUGCGUCCUUCAUCACCAAAGAAGACUGUGUAUGAAGAUGAGAAAGAAGGCGAGGAAGUUCCUACCUAUGACUCCUAUCGCAUUCCUUCAAAGUAUGAGGCUGGCCCAAGCUACAUUGAUCUACGUCAGAGACAUGAUAAAGCAACAUACAGACCUCCUAAGCAAAAGCAAAGGAUGUAUGAAGAAAAAGAAGACCAAGAGCUCCUUAGGCCGGUCACUACCACCACAAGGAUAACUUCUUACAAGAGCCAGCUGAAGCACAUGGAGUUUGAGGAAAAAACAAAAAUCACAAGGAAAGAGAGAACAAAAGUUUCAACACCUGCAGUGACUGAGGGCGAAAUGUUCGACCUACAUGAUGUACCAGUGAGGUCAUUUUCACCUGGCUAUACUAAGGUGACACACUCCAAGGCUAAAAAAUCUUCUACAUUGGAUGAAGACAAAAGCAUCAGACUUGCAAGCACAGAGGAUAAAUCCGUAACCCUUGUGUCAAGUGAAAAAGUAGUGUCUACACAAGACCUGUCCGUAAAGGUUGACUACAUGCAGCGUUAUGAAGCAACGAAGAAAGCUUUGAAAUCUAAGACAAAGUUUGAAACGGUUUCUCAACAGCCAUUCAGUCUCGACCAUACACCAAGGGUGACUGUAAGAAUGCGCUCUCACCGUGUGGCAGCUGGUCAAAAUACAAAAUUCACACUGAACGUUCAAUCUAAGCCAGAGGCACAAAUCCAGUGGUAUCACAAUGGCCAGCCCAUUCAAGACAGCCAUAAGUAUCGGAUGUAUAACAUGAGUGGAGUGCUUUCUCUCCAAAUCAUCAACUGCCAGGAGGAAGACAGUGGGACAUACCGUGUUACCUGCACAAAUGCAAAGGGAGAAGCCUCAGACUACGCCACUCUAGACAUUUCUGAAAGUGGAUUUUCUUCAUUUACAUCUCAGCGCAGAGAUGAAGAACCUCCGACUCCUUUUAUACCUGAAAUGACAAGAACAGAUGUUUAUCAUGUGUCAUCAACAAAGGCAUUGUCUACAGCCGAAUCACGCGUUUCAGAAGCGGUAACUGAAACCAAAACCUUAGAUAUCAAAACAGAGGCAACGGAAACAGUUAUUCAUGAAGAGUAUGCAUCAUCAGAGACAAAGAUUCAGACCACAGAAAUUGUAACAGUUGAGGAAGCUCCAGUCGAGACAAAGAAACCAACCAUUUCUGCUACAAUUCUUACUAAGCCACAGUCACUCACAGUUUCUGAGGGGGAGUCAGCUAAAUUUACAUGUGAUGUGGAUGGUGAGCCAGCACCCACUAUAACUUGGUUAAAGAAGGGACAGGCUGUUGUUUCAUCUCACCGUUAUCAUGUAACAACGACAGAAUAUAAGUCCACAUUUGAAAUUUCACAAGUUGAAAUUUCAGAUGAAGGUAACUACACAUUGGUUGUGGAGAACUCUGAGGGCAAACAAGAAGCGGAAUUUACUCUGACUGUUCGCAAGCCAACACCUGUGCAAAAAGUUCUGGCUUCCCCUCCAAGAGUGAAGUCUCCAGAGUCCCCUCGUCUGAAGUCACCCACAGGGAUUAAAUCUCCACUGAGAAUGAAGUCACCUGAACCAAUUAGGUCACCACAAAGAGUCAAGUCUCCAUUUACAGCUAAGUCGCCAGUUCCAAAAGAAAAAACAACCAAGCCAAUCUUUUCAGUCGGGCUGGAUGAUAUUGCUGCUGUGUCAGAUACGAUCAUCAAGCUGGAAGUAAAAGUUACAGGUGUGCCUAAACCAGUGAUUUCCUGGAUGAAAGAUGGAAAGAUUGUCUCUCAGGGUGGAAAAUAUGAAAUAUUUGAGGAGCACGGUUCUGCAUACCUUGAAAUCUAUGAUGCUGAUGUUACUGAUAGUGGAGUCUAUGAAUGCAUUGCAAAAAAUAGUGAUGGAUCGGUCACUACAAGAUGCACUGUAACUGUUAAAGAAACAAGAAAAUUGACAGCAUUUGCUGUAGAAACAAAAGCCGAAGUAACAGAAGAACUUGUCCGGAAGGAGAUCACUCAUGAGGAGGUCCAGUCCUUCUCAGAAAUUAAAGCUUUGGAAACACAAACAACAUUGACUCAUGGUCAGGCUUGCACACUGAAAGCAAAUAUCCCUGGGGCUUCAGAUGUAAAAUGGAUUCUGAAUGGAGUGGAAUUGAUGAAUUCAGAACAAUAUAGAUAUGGAAUUUCUGGAAAUCACCACACUUUGACCAUUAAGAGAGUGCGCUCCCAUGAUAGAGGAAUUAUCACAUGUGAGGCAAAAACUGAACAGGGUGUGGUCAAGUGCCAAUUUGUCACAACAGUCAGUGAAAAACUAUCUAAUGCACCAAGCUUCCUAGUGCAACCACGCUCCCAGAACAUAAAUGAAGGACAGGAUGUGAUACUCUCCUGUGAAAUAAUGGGUGAACCUACCCCAGAAAUUGAAUGGUUUAAAGACAAUGAAGUGCUAUCUGUUACAUCAAAUAUGAAACUGAGCCGUUCUAAGAAUGUGUACAAACUGGAGAUUCAGAAAGCCACUGUUGAGGACAGUGGCAAAUACACAGUGAAGGCCAAGAACCAAUUUGGACAGUGUUCUGCAACAGCAUCCCUGAAUGUUCUUAUUCUGGUUGAAGAACCUUUCAAAAUGAUAGUAUUGAAGAAAAGCUCAGCUGCAACCAGUAUUCAAAGUAGCAGCUCUGCCUUGCAUAUGGCUUCAACAAUACAGGAAAGAACAAGCAGCAGCUCCAGCAUGUCUCAGAUUAAAUUUCAAAGCAUGUCAGCAACUAGCAUGACCUCAAUGACAUCUGAAUCUAUGGUUGCCAUGGGUGCACACAGCAUGAUGGAAAUGUCUAGCCAUGCACAUGUCGCGGGAUCGGCCCUCGCAUCCAUUGCAUACAAACGCAAAGGUAUACCACCUAAAAUUGAGGCUGCCCCUGAGGCUAUUAGCAUAGAGUCUGGAAAGAUUCUGACCGUGGCCUGUGCCUUCACUGGAGACCCAGUGCCAAAUGUUGAAUGGUCACAUUCAGGGAGGAUACUGUCCAGUGAAGAGAGUAAAAGGUUCCAGAUUGAGACCACUGAGGACACUACUACAUUAAUCAUUACCGGCAUUAAAGAAAACGAUGCUGGAGCGUAUACCCUCAAACUAUCAAACGAGCUCGGCUCUGAUUCUGCUACCGUCAAUGUCAGCAUUCGAUCUAUGUGAAAAAAAUAUAUAUAUUAAUUCAGUCCAUACCCCCUUUUUCCUUUCUUCAAUAUAUUUUAUUUAUUGAACAAGUAACAAAAAAAAUACUGUUCUAGAUGAAGACCUGGAUCUGUUCUGUAAAUAUGAACUAUUUUUAUACCAAACUUGACAAUAAUUUAUGCCAAACUAGACUUAAGUCUAAAGUUGUUAUAAAAUGUGCCAUAAUGGGUAAUUAUGACUUUUUGAACCAUUUUUCUGUGACAUGUACAUAAUGUAUAUAGCCGAAUUUACCGGUUAUGGGAAAUGUAUGAAUUGUUAUUUAUGACAAGAAUUACUUAAACACAUGGAACGAAAUGUUUAACAGGAGAAAGUUUCUCGCAGAACGAAUACCCUGUGAAACCUGAAACAAAUUAUGUGCCUCAACAAUACGUUGAAGUCUUAAGAUUGCCUCAACAGGUAGAGAGGCUCCCUGUUGAAGUUCUAAAUCAAAGGGACAAAACUAUGCACUGUACAUCUGUGCGUAUAGUAUUUCAGUUACUCAGAUGAAUUUAUAACUUGACCAUAAGACCUUGAAUGCUGUUUGUGUCUUACCCUCACAUAAGCAGCAUGACUAGGCCUUUUGUUCAGACUGACUAUAUCAUAUCACCAUUUUAAUGACACGCUCAACGUGCAAGCGGCCAGCGCGUUGAGCUGAUGAUGAUAUGUGCACAUGUUCUGUCAAAGGACUGUUCGAAAUUGAUAUUAUGAAUGCAACAUCACCUGGCCAUUAAUUUCGUUAUCAAUUCAGACACUCUUUUGCAGAAUCUGUGCCACCUCUUGGAGGAAAGCUAGGUUAUAUUGUGUGUGUUUUUUUUUUUGUGUUAGUGUGUGUUAGUAUUAGAAUCUCACCUUGUCAGGGCAAUUGUCAAGCGGUGUACCACAGUAACUACAUCUGCUGUGCAAAGAAAACGUGAAACACGUGAAUGCAAUACCCUGCACUUUGAUUCAAUAGCAAUUAAUAUAUGUAGAAUUACCUAUAUUAUUCUGCCUCCUUGAGUUUUAUGAAUUUUUGAUUUAAUAAAGCAUGAAUUCAGCACCAUAAA